CCAGGUACUGACACAGGUCCAGUAAUAGCUAUACUGAUAAUGUAUGGAAUGGCUGCACAGCCAGGUACUGACACAGGUCCAGUAAUAGAUAUACUGAUAAUGUAUGGAAUGGCUGCACAGCCAGGUACUGACACAGGUCCAGUAAUAGAUAUACUGAUAAUGUAUGGAAUGGCUGCACAGCCAGGUACUGACACAGGUCCAGUAAUAACUAUACUGAUAAUGUAUGGAAUGGCUGCACAGCCAGGUACUGACACAGGUCCAGUAAUAACUAUACUGAUAAUGUAUGGAAUGGCUGCACAGCCAGGUACUGACACAGGUCCAGUAAUAACUAUACUGAUAAUGUAUGGAAUGGCUGCACAGCCAGGUACUGACACAGGUCCAGUAAUAGCUAUACUGAUAAUGUAUGGAAUGGCUGCACAGCCAGGUACUGACACAGGUCCAGUAAUAACUAUACUGAUAAUGUAUGGAAUGGCUGCACAGCCAGGUACUGACACAGGUCCAGUAAUAGAUAUACUGAUAAUGUAUGGAAUGGCUGCACAGCCAGGUACUGACACAGGUCCAGUAAUAACUAUACUGAUAAUGUAUGGAAUGGCUGCACAGCCAGGUACUGACACAGGUCCAGUAAUAACUAUACUGAUAAUGUAUGGAAUGGCUGCACAGCCAGGUACUGACACAGGUCCAGUAAUAGACUAUACUGAUAAUGUAUGGAAUGGCUGCACAGCCAGGUACUGACACAGGUCCAGUAAUAACUAUACUGAUAAUGUAUGGAAUGGCUGCACAGCCAGGUACUGACACAGGUCCAGUAAUAACUAUUCUGAUAAUGUAUGGAAUGGCUGCACAGCCAGGUACUGACACAGGUCCAGUAAUAACUAUACUGAUAAUGUAUGGAAUGGCUGCACAGCCAGGUACUGACACAGGUCCAGUAAUAGAUAUACUGAUAAUGUAUGGAAUGGCUGCACAGCCAGGUACUGACACAGGUCCAGUAAUAAUAUACUGAUAAUGUAUGGAAUGGCUGCACAGCCAGGUACUGACACAGGUCCAGUAAUAACUAUACUGAUAAUGUAUGGAAUGGCUGCACAGCCAGGUACUGACACAGGUCCAGUAAUAACUAUACUGAUAAUGUAUGGAAUGGCUGCACAGCCAGGUACUGACACAGGUCCAGUAAUAGAUAUACUGAUAAUGUAUGGAAUGGCUGCACAGCCAGGUACUGACACAGGUCCAGUAAUAGCUAUACUGAUAAUGUAUGGAAUGGCUGCACAGCCAGGUACUGACACAGGUCCAGUAAUAGAUAUACUGAUAAUGUAUGGAAUGGCUGCACAGCCAGGUACUGACACAGGUCCAGUAAUAGAUAUACUGAUAAUGUAUGGAAUGGCUGCACAGCCAGGUACUGACACAGGUCCAGUAAUAACUUUACUGAUAAUGUAUGUAAAACUUGAUUGCAUUUAAACAGAUACUCGAGACCUAAAGCACUUUAGCUUGAUGAAAUGUGUUGUGUGUGCAGUGUGUCCUUUUUUUUUUUCAUUUUACAAAAAGUGCAGUUUUCAAUAGAGUUUGGCACUUUUAUAAUAUUUCCUUGUUACACCUCCCUGACUCAAGCAAACUACAGGCAAUCGCUCAUAGCACUUAACUUGUAAAGACUUCUCAUUGAACUGCAUUAGAAAGUUUGUAGUUGGCUAGAAAUAGAAAGUCUGGGAGUGGUUAAAAGAGGAAAAUUUGCAAAGGCAGCAAACAAGAAAUGCAACAUUUGCAAUCCGUUUUUAGAUAUACCACCAGUGAAAAUAAUUCAAAAUCAAAUGCAUGCAUGCUUUCAUUUGGGGUAUAUCUGCUAAAUAGUGAUUUGUGUGUGUGUAUAUAUGUGUAUAUAUAUAUAUAUGUAUAUAUGUAUAUAUAUUUUAUUUAGACAGUGGAGUGUCCCUUUAAAGGCAUACUACAAGUGCCAGGAAUACAAAGCUGUAUUCCUGGCACUGUAGCUCCAUCUGCCUCCCCACUUCAAUAGGAACACUAUUAAUAAAAUGGAAAAUGUAAAAAAAAAUUGUGAUAAUGUGUGUCUGUCAAUAUGUGCCAAAUCAGUGAGUUUAUGCUGUGCAUUGUCUGUCAGUGAGCAUGUUUGCUGAGGUGAUCUGCGUCCCUCCAAUCACAUUAGUAAAAUAUGUUUACUAACCUUUUUCCCACACUGUGCUAGUAUUUCUGCAACUGUCCCUGCCUCCAUGGCUUGGAUAAUAUGAGAAAGCCUAUCCUAAACUUUGCCACAGGAAUGCAUUGGGAGGCUAUUGCGCGUGCGCUAAUUGGCAUCUUCUCAUAGAGAUGCAUUGAAUCAUGCAUCUCUAUGUGGAACCGUCGGCAUCUCCACUGAACUAGUAAUCCUCUCUAGUGGCUAUCUCAGUGACUUCCACUAGAGGUGUUACUAGGCAGCAAUGUAUACACUACAUUUGCUCUGAGAGGGCAUUGUUUACAUUGAAAAGCCUGCAUGGCCAGGCUAUUAACAGCAGAAUCACUGCAUUGAGUUGUAGUGGUUCUGGUGACUAUAUUGUCACAGAAGAGAAAGGUAGCCAUUUCCCGAGCCUUAUUCCAUCCAACAUUUGCCUCUGGGACUAUAUCAAUUUUCAGUGAAAUGUGUUUUAUAAAGGUCUACAGACUUAUAUUGUUUAAGAAAUACAGCAGAGCAACAAUUCAAUGUUUUGUUAUUAAGAUUUGUAGAAAAACUUUAUUUUUCACGGACAAAAACUAUAAUUUCAGAUUGGUAAUACAACUGAAGAUACAAUGAUGUUAAUGUUUUUUUUUUUUUUUGCAUACAACAUAAGGAAGGAAGUGAUGCAAAAUAAGCACUUCUGUUUAUAUUAUAUUAACGUGCUGCUGAGGUUCUUUUUUGUUAAUUUCUCAAUCUGCGCUACCUGAACUCCAUAGAAUACUAUACCAUAGUCGCCAGUGAAUGCUUCAUCACCAGUUUAAUUUCAUAAGUUAAAGUUAUUGGCUGAAAAUAAAAUCAAUUUCUUAUAGAAAUCUAAUUAAAGAAAUAUUAAGAUGCACUGCCCUAUAGUCUUUCCUGAAGCCAAUUGCAUGCAUUUGUGUUAGAUAUAUACAGAGUGCACCUAUUCCAGUACUACUCAGGAUUACUGUUGGUCAGGAAAGGUCCAUCAGUCUUCACUGACAGUUUGUCAGGUCUACACGUUACGAAUAAUUGAAUAUGUGUAAAGUAAAAAUUUUCAAUAUUCUGAAACCAAUAUUUAUUCUGUUGUUCGAAUGGUUUGUAAUACAUGAUCUCUAAAUUAAACCAAGUAGAAUAAAUGUUGACAGACAUAUUUAUUUGCCUUACUUGUAACUGUUUGUAUACAGUAAAUUAAUACAUUUUGCAAUUCUAAAACUUCCAAUAAUCUGACUGAUCAUUUGUUAUGUAUCCAUAGUUUCUUAACGUGACCUAAUUUUGACGUUGGCAAUGCUUCUUAUGCCCUCUCCCUCCAAAAUACAUGUUCACCGGUCUGUCUCUUAAAUUCACCUUUUGAAUUUCUUACCCUCUUUGUGUUUCUUAUCCUCUUUUUGAAUGUCUUGCCUCCUUUUGGGUAUCUUUUGUGUCUUACAGCCUCCUGUAGCGUAUACACCAACUUUUGUAUUUUUUUUUUUUACUUCCUUUAGCCCCUUUGUGUGUCUCUUAUUCCCUCCAGCCCCUCUUCGUGUCUUUUUCUUUUUUUUUCAUGCCCAUCCGUUGGUAUCUCCUACUCCAGCCCACUUCCUGUCAGAUCGGACAGAGGAUACCGAAGAUCCUCUACACGUGGUCCUUGUGGCCACCCCACCUGGUGUGACUGGCAGGAGGGGAGUACUGUGCGCUCCCCUCCUGCUGGUCCCCCGGGUCGGUGGCCGCCUGUGCUGCAUUAUGCUUGCGCCGUCCAUGAUUGAAUUACAUAUGGUUAUAAGAGGAGAUAUACAAACAAAAAUAAUCCUAUGCUCUUGGUAUGCUGUUUUAAUUCCAUGCAUAUUUCAGAUAAGUUGUUAGGGAGUCUUUGAGAUAAGGAUGCUGUCCUGUACAGGUCAUGUUUACAAUUAAAUCACAGUGUGUCUAUUGUUUGGUGCUUCUGAAAAGAAAAUAUUGUUUAUGCUUGUUGUUGUCAUUUCUUUGGUAUCUAGUGGUUUAUUUGCUAAAUCGUGAAUUGGGGCGACCUUGCAAAUGAAUGACAUUUCAGCCACAACCGAUGAAUUGGACAUAAUAUUCAACUCAGUAUUCCCUUACUCACCAAUGUUUGUAUUUAUCUUUACAUUAUUUAGCAUUGGGUAAUAACACAUUCACAGUUGUUUUGUAUAGGAGGAGCAGUGCAGAUUUUACCACUAGUAAUUGUUGCUCAACAUACAUUUUUUUUUGUGAGAUAAGAGGCAAUAUGGAGAGCUUUUUCAAAUGGUAAAGUAUACUGCCAAAUCUAAUAAAAGGAGCACUAUGCUCAGUUAGCUGGUAUAACAAACAAAGCAUCAAUUAUCAGCAGCAAUUGCUUAGUUAUAUAGGCUGGGAAAUGUGAUCUAUUUGUCUUUUGCAUAUGAACCUGGCCGGAAAAAUAAAGACUGCCUCUGUCAAAGCACAAGGUAAUGACUCAACGAUUUGCCUGGAAAGGCCCAGGCACAGGGGCUGGAGUUGUGGCAUGGAGACUUUUCCAAUUCUGUAUUAGCUGUUAGUAAAGUAGGGGGCAGAGGGGAUCACCCAGAAAUCUAUAGCAACAAUUCAACACUCUAACAUAAAUACAUGGUAAAACGCUCACCAACUCAAUGUAGACUCCUCCGUAAUGUUUACCCCCCCCCUUUUUUAUUUAUUUAUUUUUUUUUUUACAUGUACCUUAUACACUCACAUACACACUUCAAAAUAUAUUUAAAAAUAUAUAUAUUUUCUCAUUUUUGUAUGUUCUCUUUUGUGUCUUAAAAUGUAUAUAAUUUUUUAUUUCAUUAUGUGCUGUACAUUAUUUUGUUUAUUCCUUUUUGGUGCUGCAGGUCGCCCUGGGGCUCCCCGUUGAUUUUGCCAUGAGUGUGCAAGCAUUUCACUUGGUCUGUGCAUCUGGAAGGGAGCAGCUGCCACCAGGGAUUCAAAUUGAGUGCUUGGAGUGCAGCGGCCAUGAUCUCUACCUGGGCACCUUUGAUGGCUCCAUUUACCAUUUCUUGCUAGUGGAAGAGAAUAGCAGUGACCCAACAGGACUAUCUCUAAUUCAGCAAACAGACUGCUCAAACACCAGGUUUUCCAUCACCAGGCAAAGGCAAAAGCAACUUGGGCUGAAGAAGCCAGUGUGUGAACUGAGAGCCGCUUCAGCCCUUUGUCGACUGUUGGCGCUGUGCGAUAACACUAUUCUUUCGCUGUGCAGUGACACCCUUGAGCCAAUCCCGGGAAUAAAGAUCAAGGGAGCUCUUAGCUUUAGCCUCAAUGAAAACCCUGUGAGUGGGGACCCGUUUAGUGUGGAGGUGUGCCUUAUCUCCUCCAAGAGACGCACAGUGCAGAUCUUUAGUGUAGGACAAGAGAAAGUACAACUGCUAAAAGAGGUUGCUACCCCUGAGCAGCCUUGUGCUUUAGCAGCUGAUGGACACUACCUAUGCCUGGCACUCAGCAGCCGCUACAUUACGCUGAACUAUAACACAGGGCACUGCCAGGACCUUUUUCCAUACCCCAGUGAACAGAAGAGACCAAUUGUAAAGAGGAUUAGCCGACAAGAGUUUCUUCUGGCCGGACCAGGUGGAUUAGGUAAGCACACAGACACUGUUAAUAUGUUGCUUUUUUGCACAAACGUUCUGAGUUCUAAGAGCCCCAAGGAAAUGUUUGUAGUUUUACUCCUUAAUUCACAUGGACAUUAAAUUGCACAUUUGUAACCUGCUGUGUAGAUUUACCCAGCACUAAUAAAAUACAGAUUUCAAACAAACUGAAAGUGUGUAAGUAGGCUAGGACAUGUUAAGCUUGUAACAGUUAAAUAUAUCACCAUGUUUACAUUUGCUAAUAAUCAAGGUAACAUUGUGUAAAUGGAAAACAAUAAGUGAUUACAACAGGUCGGCUUGACCUAGUCCUUAACAAUUUUCUAAAAACAGCGUUCCUGGAAGCUGUAUCAUAAUAGCAGAAAGUGACAGUUUAGCUGUUCUCCAACAAAAUGUGCUGUAUAGAUAGAAUCACUUAUUAUUGGCCAGUGAAGGUGUUUGACCACGGUUUUGUUUUAUUAUUUUUAGUGUUGUCCAAUCUGAUGUAAUCCCCUGACAGAAACAGGAAGUGGAUUGAAUACUGAGAUUUUUCUUGUUACAAUAUCAAUUAUAUUUUAUUUAUUUUCUUCACAAGACCUUGAAUAUUUUAAUUAGAUUCACCCUGUUUAUAGAGUAAUUAUCUGACAGAAAAAAAUGUUUUACUUUUUCCUUACCCUCAGUAAACACUGUUGUAGUAUUAAACUCAAUUAGCCGCACACCAGUUCAAGAUACUGGAGCAUACGCCUUCCUAUGAGGUGACUGAUACACUUACGCUCUCAACCAUCUUCUUCUGUAAUGCUGUACUCUUGGCAUUCCUGCCAUAACGCCCACACUUUGGGCGUCCUAGGGAUCAUAAUGAUUACCUAGACAGGUACACAUUUAAUAUAGUUUUUAAAUAAGACAACCCAUUGCCGUUUUCUUGCUAGCUUAUACAAUUUCCAGCAAAAACAAAACAGAUGUAUAUUUAAACAUUACAUUUGAAAGUAUAUUGAAACAAAAUCAUGAUUAAAACAUAUGAGGGAAAGAGGUUCAGUGUCAGUUAAAACAGUUUAGCUUACAAUGGCAUAAUUUGCUCUCCGAUAUUCUGAAAGGGAAUCUCUCUUAUGAGGAAAAACAAUUUACCUUAAAUCUCUGCCAUACACAUUGAAUACAUUAUAUAUUGUAUAGAUACAUAGUAUAUUCAAUGUAAAGAUUUACGCACUUUUGCUCUGUUCCAGUGCCAGUUCGUCCAAUGCCACUAGCUGGUCAAUUCUCAUCAGUGACGUCAGCAUGCUGGCUUCAUUGCCGGUGUUGAAGUUAAGUGAGGUCAGUACCUUUGGCACUGGCUAGGAAGUUCUUACAGCAACCACAGUGAAUGCGUUGCAGAGAAACCCUAUGCGGCAUUGACUGACAGCUGGGAGAAAAACCUAUUUUUAAAUAUAUAUAUAUUUUUUUUUCUCCUAAUCUGUACAUUGUGCUAGUAACCCUGCUAGCACAAUGUACAGGUAAAAUCUUAUCUAGUGACCAUGGGGUUUUUGGAGCAUGACACGUGCCCUUUAGAGGAACCAAGUAGCAUACCUGAGGCAGUGGGUUGUAGUGCCCUGUCACCCCCACUGAGUCUUUGCUAACUGUUCGACUUCUUUCCUGGGAUCAACCAGCCACUGCUCAGUUACUUUGUUACCCCUCUGUCAAGUCAGUGCGUAGCUAUGGGUAAUUUGUUUUACAAAUCUUCCUAAGCUAUUCGUGUAAACGAUGUACAAUUCCCUUUCUAUUUUCCUUCUUAGCCUGGCAUCUAUAGUUUGGAAGCUGCGACUUCUUCCAAUCUCUAUUUCUGCUGCCCAGUUUGAUUUUUAUGCAGGUGAUAUCACUCAUUUUUUUUUAAAUUUCAAUAAAGUAUACUAAUGUUUAAAUCUAUCACUCCCUAUUGUUCCUAAUAUAUUUAUUUUCAGUUCUUGCUACUAUUCUGUCCUACUCCUUUUUUGCAGGCAUGUUUGCAACCGUAGCGGGAAUCUCCCAACGUGCUCCAGUUCGCUGGUCAGAUAAUGUUAUUGGUGCUGCAGUGUCUUUUCCUUACGUCUUAGCUCUGGAUGAAGAGUUCAUAAUGGUUAAUAGUAUUCUAGAUCAACAACAGAAGCAGACUAUGCCCUUUAAGGAAGGAAUCAUUCUGCAGGAUUUUGAAGGUAUUGCUUUUAGCUGGAUGGCUCUCUUUUCAUUUUCUGCCCCCAUUUCUUUUAGUUUUUUUUCUUUUGUUUUGCUCACCAACAAAUAUUUUUUUAUUUAAAAUAAUAUUUUUUAACAAGGUAAAACUAAUGACCUAGACAAGAAAAUAUUCAAUGUGAUCUAUAAAUUGUACUAUUUUUGAAAGUGUUACAGUGUUUCCUUUGCACCUGUAUUCAUAAUGAUCUGUAAUUUUUUUUGUGCCUAAAAAGAACAAUUGCAAUCCUUUAUUUUAUUCUCAUCGUGAUAUCUAACUAUUUAUCUUAAACUAUUGUGCAGGACACCACAUAUUUAAUAUAGAAACAUUUUAUUACCAUGAAAUGAUCUAAGAAAUAUUGCAGGUCCCAUUCUAAUUUGGUUCAUCAAACGUUAUUAAAUUAUAUUUCUGUUUUGGUGCGGUUAUUACACUUGUAUUUUUUUUCUCUUGGCAGCAGGGUGAAUUUGAAUGAAAUCAAAUCAGUUUAAAUGACUAGUUGGUAAAACUUGAUUUAAAUCAUGGUUUUCUACGUAAAGACUUGUUCUUGUUAGAAUAUUAAUAUUUGCAAUCAGAUGAAGCUUUCAUUUUUAGAAUAACUUUACAGAUUAGUUUGUUGGGAUUGAGGUCCUUUUCAGAACUGUUUUGUUAUGUAACAUUUUCUUGUGAAGAAGGUUCAUGUUAUCUCUGCAAACACAAAUGAACCGUUUUGAGAAUUGAUAAUCCAAGCACCUGUAAUAAUAUCUUCUUGACAGAAAAAAUGUCUGAAACAUCCUUACAGAAACUUUGGAGUGUGAGUUUCUGAAUGGAUUAAUGGAAUUAAUUGUUAAAGUAAAAAUUCAAUUUUGCAUGAAUAUAUAGCCUCGUGUUUGUAUGCUACAUGAAUAAAACAAAUCAAUAUGGUGCUAUCAAUUAGCAUGUGAACUAUAAUAUAUCUUUAUUAGAAAGCUAGCUUAAUUUUCAUUGGCACUUUUUUUUUUUAAAUCAUAUUGUUUUAUUUAAAAAAAAUAUAUAUAUUCUCACAGGUUGUUUUUUGUUUGUUUAUUUUAUACAUAGCACUGAUGUGAUUACAGAGCACAUCUUUCCUAGGUAAUUUUACUUACAGAGAUUGUGAUAUAUUAAAUGCACAGCUAUUCUAGUAUGCUUAAAUUAGGAUUACCUGUCAUAUAUUCAUAGAUUUUAAGCUGAUUUGAGCGGGAACUACUUCACCUCUUGUCAAUAUUAUUUUGUAUGUCAAUUGCUUGUUGUCAGAUAUCCUCAUUCUAUAAAUGUAAAGUGCUGAAGAAUAUAAUGGCGUUAUAUAAAUGCUACUUUUACUCUCUAUUUUCUGCUAAAAAGAAACCUUUCAUCUUUUUAAUGAUAUACAGGUUUUUUUGUAGUAAUUGCUGUUGGUUGCAUCAAGGUUUUGCCUAAUAGUUAAAGUAUUUCAUUAUAUGGUGUGUGCAUCUUUGUCAAGCGCAUAUCUAAAAAAAUAAAAUAAUAUAUUGAACAAAAGUACCACAGAAACACAUCAAUCAUAGAACAAAUCUCAAAACCUUUAAAUAAAACUGCGUGGAUUGCAAACUCUCUGUCACCAAAAAUAUUUUAUCUAAUCUUCUUCCUCGUACUUUCCUGUGCCUAAAUCGGUUUCUUUUCCUGAGAGCUCUUGGUUUUCUUCAAAUACAUAAAGAAAAUGAGGGACUAGUUUUCCUUAUGUAUAAGGGAAAUGAUCAUUGUAUUAAAUAGUGUUGAGGUGACUGUUGUCCUUUUAAAGCAAGGUUCUGUGUUCGUUACAAAUCAAAUGUACCUACAGUCCCGCAGAAGGGAAAAUCAGUAAAUCAAUCCCGCAGAAGGGAAAAUAGCAGACCUCAUAGGCAGAGGAAAACAAAAUGUCUGUAGUCAGAUAUUGAGAUCCAGCACAAGGGACUUUUUUAUAUAGGCAAUUGGCAGAAGGGAAUCUCUGAGCUAGCAGAGAGAUCAAAAAAUCUCCCUGACCGCUUUUAAAAAUGAACUCCCUGGUGGUCCAGUGUGCUGCUGGGGCUGCCACACUCUCACGCGGUUCCGGUGCACUGUGAGUGUCAGAGCACAGGUGCCAGGCUCCCAGCCUGUGCUCUGACAUCACCGUGCGCUAGAACCACGCAGCAGCCCCAGCAGCACACUGGACCAUCAGGGAGCCAACCAGCAGCACACUGGAUCACCAGGGACUCACUGGACCACCAUGAAAUGAAUUAUUGCCUCCCCUGCCUGCAUGGAAGGUCAGCAGGUUUGGCAAAGUCACAUUAACCCCCCAGCCCUGACUCGCUAGCCCGCCCCAGCCCUGUCUCGCUAGCCCCCAGAGCCCUGUUACACUCGCCACCCUAUCACAAUCACUUAGAAACCCCCUACCCUAAACUGUGGCAUGCUCACCUACUAUCACACUUGCCUAACAGAUGUCUGUGUAUGUAUCUGUUUUUUAACGUGUGUAAGUACAAGUGGGUGUAUCUCUGUGUGUGUAGCUUUGUGUCUGUGUAUUUGCAUGUCUGUUGCUGUGUGUGUCGGUAUAUCUGUGUGUGGCAGUGUAAACACUACACACAAAUGUACACCUGAAUUCUAAAGCUAACAUUCACACACACAUACUCCUUACAAAAACAUGCUUACAUUCAAACACACACACAUUGCUCAGUGCUAAAUACAACCCUGCAAGAAUGGGCAAAUUGUAGAUCCCAAGCUAGCAAAGCAUUGUGGACCCGUACGACAGAUGAGGAUCUAUAUUUUGGCCAACCUUGUGCUAGAAGGCGGUCCAAAAAAAAUUCUUGCCCCUGUGGACCCUAAGCAACUUGUCAGUGUAUGUAUAAGUAUGUCUCUCAGUGUUUCCGUGUGUCAGUAUGUCUGUUAGUAACACACAGAUUGCAUGCAAGGGAGCGGGGAGGCAAGGUCCAGGAGGCCUAGGGUCCAACCAUUAUUAAAGACUGCCCUGGACAGACAGGCAUCCUGUCUGUUCAUCUUAUUGUGACCAUCUAUGUGAAACUGGCCAAUUUAAAACUCUGAAGGUGGUUACGCCAUUGGAAUACCGUUACAUUUCUCCUAGGUAAGAGACCGCACCGCACUGUAGAUGUGCAUUGUGUUAGUCCUUUUUGGGGGAUCGCGCAUAUUAUUAUAUGAGCUCAUUUGGGAGUGACUAGGAAGAAAGAAAACAUCACCACAAAAUGGAGGUCGUGUGUAAAAUGUACUAGAUUACAAAUAUCUUGACAUUUUUUCAGAUAGCAAAGUAAACCCCCACUCAAAUUUUGCAUGAUUGUUGCCACUUAAGUAGACAUUGGCAUCACCCAAGCCAUUCUCCACCUUUUUAAUAAUGAUACUCAGAUUUGUAUAUACGCUAAUGAAAAAAAGUUUUCUACAAACCAAUAAUUUUGAAACCUUGGUUGCAUUUGGUUUUCUGAGAAGUAAACAGAUUCUCAGUUUUAGUAAGGUUUCUUAAGAACUUUCUGUCACUCACCGAAAAUAAAGAUUUGAUUUAAAGACCCAGAGGAGAGAAUUAUAUUUCUUAGUUGAUAAUUCCCUUGGCAGAUGCUCCAUUACCUCCAUUGCUGUGCUUUCUUUCAAUAAAAUGUGAGCUGAACAAUAGGCAGAGUAACCCAUAUUGGCUUUCCUUCCACUAUAUGUCAAUGUAUGACCUUUGAGAACAGAAAUCUGUGCAAGAUCUGGUAUUUCAAAAACAGUCAAUGUCAACCAACAUAGAAUAGUGGUUUUCAUGUACAGUACACCUAACAUCCUAUUUAUUUACAGCUGGAGGAGCAUGCUAUAUAUUUAGGGGGAGCCUGGGUGGGCGGGAAGUGGGGAGAAAAAAUGCAGUGGUUCACUGAGUUUGAGUGUGAAGUGAGGAGGGUAGAGUAGCCAUGUGUUAUAUACUAUGGAAAAGUUUAGCAACCAAAUUCUAUCACCCAAAAUAUUAAUAACUGUGUACAUGAAAUAUUGGUCAGAAACAUUAAAUGACAAUAGUACAAACUGCAUGCACAGAAAAUUACAGUGGCAAACUACAGGUAUAAAUGGUAACAAAACUAUAGUGACACAUAACAUGGUAACAGAAUAAAUGAGGUGGAGUAUUUUCCAAGAUUCAGUCAGUACCUGAGAGUGGUAGGAUUUUCUGCAGGAUGUAAAAUGCAGUGCUUCACUGAGUUUGAGUGUGAAGUGAGGCCUGAAGAUCCUAUGUUACUGUUACCCCUUUUAGGCCCAAUGACAAAUAUUACUGUAGGAGUUUUACAUUUUGUAGUCCUGUCCUGCAUGAAAACCUAAAGGUUCUGGGACAUGAUUAAAAAAUAGCAUUCAGCCAGCAACCUGUACUGGUUAUGAAUGAUGUAAGGCUAUCAUUUAAAGAGGAAUAUUACGAUAUUUGCAAUUAUAUACUUUCUGGGAUACCUUAAUUAGUGUUGUUCUAUUACUUGAUUUAUUUUUAAUGUGAAAGCUUUGAUACCAUUCAGAGGAAUGUGUUCAGGACCAGAUUAUUAAAAUUAAAUUUAAUUGAACACAAUAUUUUUUUUGACUGGACUGGAUACUACCCUGGAGGGUGCUUUUUUGAAGAUGGUGUCUCUAAAUUGGUGUCUUCCCUUUGUGAAGAACACUCCCUGCCAGUGAUGUAACAUUUUCAAAAUAUGCAUUAGUAGGGUGGCCAUGAAGUAAAUAAAAAGGUUACUUGCGAACCUCUGCUACCACAAUGGAAGGAAAUAUCAAUCUAACUAAAACAACAUUUGUGUUUAAUUAAAAUGAUCUAUAUCUCCUGUAUGUACCUCUCCUAAAAUUGAAUGUGAAUUUAGUUUUGCACAGAGAAGAUUCUUAGUCUGAGUUACUCAAAAAAUUCCAUCACACACUUUCUUUAUUUUGUUUAUUUUUUUAAAGGAAGGGUAAUUGCGGCAACGGCUAAUGGGGUAUACAUUCUACUUCCCUUACCUUUGGAGAAACAGAUACAGGACCUCCUGUCAAGCCAGAGAGUCGAAGAAGCCUUGGUGUUGGCCAAGGGGGCUCGGCAGAACAUUCCAAAGGAGAAAUUCCAGGUUAGUUUCUAAUCUUAGGGAAAUGAGGGAGACUUUAUGUUCCAUUGACUGGACAGCUUUCUUAAAAUUGUAUAGGUGACUAUACAUUUUGCUGUGAAAAUGAUCAACAAAUCUAAUUAUUAGAAGAGACACUUGCCUGGAUUACCUGUGACUACUCCAAGAAAUAGAUGCAAAUGGUUGUGUGCAUCCUUUGCCAAUGGCCACCUUUGUAGUUUUUCCCACGUGAGGAGUAUGGUACUAGAGAUGUACCAAAAGGUACACUGUGUAAAAUAACUUGAUUAGCUUUUAGGUUAGUGCAGUGUAUGUAUACAUGUGUAUGUAUACAUGUGUACGUUUACUAUGUUUUAGUACUCGUUGCAAAAGUUGUUGGGUUUUGUUUUAUUUUUCUAAUCAAGUCUUUUUACCAAAUAUGUGUGGCCACUUUAACAUGUGCUUUUAUAAAAUAAAUAGAACAAAUUGAGAAAUUAAUUUGAGUUACUAUAAGACUUUUAAUACAUUGCACCUUGUUAAUGCUCAGUGGCAGACAUUGGUGGAACUGGAACAGUCACAAAUCUAACACAUAUUUGUGACUGUAUAUAGGUGCUUUCUGUUUGUGGUGCUGUGUAUCGGGGUAGAUUUGCUCAGUGUUUACCUAGACACCUGUCCCUCCACAUGACUUCAGGAAGGAAAAUACCAUUCAUUUACUAAGGCUGAAUCUCAAAUUGACCUGCAUUGAUUAGUUAUCUGAUUUCUUACCUGUUACAGAGCAAUGCAAUGCUGGAUGUCAACAGUAGACUUGUAGUGGACCUGGUAACCCAAGCCAAUCUGCCCCAUCUGCUCUCCUCUCCAGGAGAUUGAUGGACAAUGUUAAUGUCACUGGAUGCAUUGCUUGUAUAGUAUAGUGUUUUGUUACAUAUUAUUUUUGAUUUAUCCCUUUUCCUACAAAGAGCAGAAGAGUUGGAAUGUUUUUUGUUUUGUUUUUUGUAUCAUGUCCACAAAGUAUAACGUAUAAACAUAAGAUGUGUAAGGUAGAAUGUAUAACAUUCUCUUUAUUUGUGCAGGUUAUGUACAGAAGAAUCCUGCAACAGGCUGGAUUUAUACAAUUUGCUCAGCUACAGUUUCUAGAAGCAAAAGAAUUGUUCAGGUAACUAGCUACUAGUUUCUGAUUUACAGAUUUCUCUUUAAACGGAUACAUGAAGCCUAGUUUUUUAAAACAAGCCGACCUCAAUGUUACACAAUAAGUGUAUAUUAUGGCCCUAUGGAAAUAAUGCUGACUCUAAAAAACAAAACAAAAAAAAAAUACAACCCUGUUUGAAGUGACGGUUUCACGAGAUGCCACACCUGCAUUGGUUUGACUGAAUUGCAGACCUGUUCGUCUUCAGAAUUUGUUCUGCCUUAGGACUCUAAGGAUUAGGAAUCUGUCUUGGAAAAUUUGAUAGAUGAGGAUUGCCGACCUUCCUAGAAUUUUUCAGAUAUUAUUGUCAACGGCGUUUACACUUCUAUAUACACCCUAUGUUUAAGCAGUACUCUGUUGAGGGAGAGGUAUUUUGAAUAUCUGCCACUUACUGCAUUUGGAAAUGUCCAGUUUGUAUGGGAAGGUGAACAUGACGUGUCCUUUACAAAUGAAUAGUGCUUUUUUUUGUUACCAUCUAAUCACAAUGAACUUUAAUUUGAAUGUAGACAUUUGUAAAAUAUUGUCUCAUUGCUGCAGAAUCACUCAGUGGAUGCACAUGAUUUCAGCUGUCCAUUCUAAUAAAUGUUUGGGACUGUAGGCUCCAUGCAGCAUAUGAGGUAGACCUGAGGUAGACUUAGCCUCUGUUUUGAUAAAAGUAUAUUCCACCCCAAAAAACUCAAAAUUACCAAUAUCCAAAUAUAAAAAGUCAAUUUUCUUAGCAUUUCCUAAAUGCUGCUAAAUUACAGAUCUCUGCACUCUAGAAGUAGGCUUUGGUCCCAGCAUUCCGUUAAUGGCUAGCUUGGCUUGAGUAAAUUAGGGAUUAUUCUAGCUUAUAGUGAACGAAUAAUCUGAAUUUUAUUAAAGACAGGAGGCGAAUAUUUGCUUAUCUUUCUUUACUGUAACUCCCAGCAGCAAAGAAAUGGUUAACAAUGUUGUAUGGAAAAAUCAACCAAUCAUAACAUAUCUCAACUACAAUAUAGUGUCAUCAAACUCCUCCCACUUCCUCUUUCUUGAUGUUGCCAGUCAGUAGCAAGUCAACCAUGUAAACUUUAACCGGAACAGUUCCCGAAGCUGAAACUCGAGAUGAAGUCAACCAUGUAAACGGAAAGUUGAUCGAAUAAACUUGAGAUCUUCACACUAGAAGAAAAGAGACUUCGUGAAAGUAAGGUUUCUCGGACAAGAGAAAAAAUAUAUAUAUAUAUAGUUGAACCCCUUAUUUCCAAUUAUAGUUCAUACAAAUUGACAGAGUAAUCGAAAUUAUAACGAUCCAUCAGCACUCUAUGAGAGAGGUGUAGGACCACAAGAUGAACAAAUCGUAUAUAGCAGAUUUGUAUGUAAAUAAUGGUAUCAUACAUUAAUUAGUGAUUAUGAGACUUACCUCGAGGGUGGGUUCCGGAGUGAACGAAGGGAGGGAAAAUAUUCGCCUCCUGUCUUUAAUAAAAUUCAGAUUAUUCGUUCACUACAAGCUAGAAUAAUCCCUAAUUUUAUGGCAAGACAGGAGGCUUCAUAUUUGCUGUUUUAACGCUCUCGAAUAAUAGAACAAGCCGCAUGUGUUUGUGUUGGUUUAAAAUAAAAAGUCCGAAAGGUAGAUUCCCUUGACCAAUCUGCGCAGGACAAAAUAUCUGCUAAUGAACUGCCGGCCCGAAAGGCAGAGGAAGCGGCCGCUCCCCUAACCGAAUGGGCCCCAAAUGAACUAUCGAUUCCCGCUUGGAUAAGUAACCAUCUUAUCCAGCGAGCGAUAGUGGGAGAAGAGACCGGUUUGUGAGGUCUGACAUAAGAGAUGAAAAGAGGACCGGUAGGAGAACGUAGGGCGGCAGUUGCCUCUGUGUAACAACGAGUACACGUAGCCACACAGAGAGCCGGCCUGUCGGGAAAGUAUGGGUAAAAGACAGACGAGGAAUUCGUCUUAGUGCGCCUAGUAAUCGUAAAUCGGACCCCUUCUGGUUGGAAGGAGACGGCGUGUGAAUCAAAAGCGUGAACGUCAGAAACUCUGCGGAAUGACACCAGGCACAGUAGCAGGGCCAAUUUUGCAGAGAGCUGUCGAAGAGAUAAGGCCUCGUUAGGAGGCCAGGACUCUAACAGUGCGAAGACCCGAGAUAUGUCCCAGAAGCUAGAGUAUUUGGCAGAAGGUGGCCUCGUCAAACGAAUGCCUCGUAAAAGUCUGCACACAGAAGGAUGUUUCCCAACUAAGGAAUUAUCAAUAGGGUCAUGUCCCGCCGAAAUGGCGGAACGAAAAACAUUAAUUGAUCGGUAUGAUUUACCCUGAUCGAAAAGGAAUGAUAGAAAAUUUAGAAUGGCUGAGAGAGAUGUUGAAACGGGAUCGAAAUCCCUCUCCAGACACCAGCUGACCCAAACUCGCCAUGCGGCGAGAUAGGUGCGCCUGGUUCCUGGUGCCCAUGAAUCCCAUAGGAGUGUUUGAGCAGUGCUUGAAAGUCCUGUGACAUGCCAAGCACCCCUGAAACUGUCCAGGCCACUAACUGAAGGUGGCCCUGUAGAGCUAGUGGAUGGUAGUCGCCCGUCGAGUUCUUGAGAACCCGAUGUGAGCGAGGUAGAAUGAUGGGGUAGUCUGUGGAAAGUUCCAGAAGAGUGGGGAACCACGUCUGGGCCCGCCAUAGAGGGGUAACUAUCACAAUCUUGACCCCCUGUGAUUUGACCUGGUGGAGAGUACGUUGAAUCAUGGAGAAGGGAGGGAAGGCAUAGGCUCCGUCCCGUGGCCAAUGUUGGAGAAAAGCGUCGACAGCUAGGGAUAGCGGGUCUGGUAACCAGCUGAAAUAAUCGUCUGUUUGACGAUUCAGCCGAGACGCGAAGAGGUCGAGAGUGAGCGGUCCCCGCAAUAGGUGAAUGUGGUGAAAUAGAAGAGGAUCUAAUUGCCAGUCGCUGGCAUCCCUCCAGUGACGUGAGAACCAGUCCGCGACUAAAUUGUCGGGUCCUGGGAGAUACUCGGCCCGAAUAGACAGAUUCCUGUCUAAGCAAAACUGAUACAGAUCCUUGGUGAGGUCUGACAGUAGUUUCGAUUUGGACCCCCCGAGACGGUUUACAUACCGUACUGCGGAGAUGUUGUCCAUCCGAAGUACCAGAGAGCAGUUGGAGGCUUCUUUGGCAAAGCUGCGGAUCGCGAAGGAUCCGGCAAUGAGCUCGAGACAAUUUAUGUGAAGUGCUCGUUCCGACGGGGACCAGAGACCUCCUGUGUAUGAUUGGGCGCACGUAGCGCCCCAACCGAGUAGGCUGGCAUCGGAUUCCAGAAUAAAAUCUGGUUGAGAUCCGAAAAUCGCUUUCCCAUUCCAGGCUUCCAUAUUGCGAAGCCACCAGUGAAGUUCGAUGAGAACUUCGUCCGUUAGGGAAAUGAAUUGGUCGUAGGAGGUCGAGCGAUGUAAAUAGGAGGUUUUCAGCCGUUGCAUUGCUCUGUAAUGCAAGGGCCCUGGAAAAAUAGCCUGAAUUGAUGCAGACAGAAGACCCAGCACGUGUGCUAGGUCGCGGAGUCGAGGUCGUUGUGACUUGAGUAAUUUUUGAAUCUCUCGCUUUAUGUUUUUGAUUUUGGAGUAGGGUAAUUGUAGAGUUGCUUGAACUGAAUCUAUCUGAAAACCCAAAAAUUGGACUAUUUGAGAAGGUACCAGAUCUGAUUUCUGGUAAUUUAUGACAAAACCUAGGUUUUGAAGGAGGGCAGAGGUCAUGUGUGUGUGUUUGCGAAGUAAUUGCUGAUCUUGUGCCAUGAUCAGGAUAUCGUCCAAAUAUAUAAUUGAACGUAUGCCCUGAGAACGAAGGAGCGCCAUGACUGGUUUCAUCAACUUGCUGAAACACCAUGGAGCAGAACAAAGUCCAAAAGGGAGGCAGGUGAACUGCCAAAUGUCGCCUUGCCAACGGAAUUGGAGGAAGGCACGGUGACUUGGUGCUACAGGGACCGUCAGAUAAGCAUCUUUGAGGUCGAAUCUGGAGAACCAGUCUCCCAUGCAGAGCAAGUCCCUGAGAAGAUGGAUACCUUCCAUCUUGAAAUGACGGUAUGUGAUAAAGCGAUUCAAUGCCUUGAGGUUGAUAAUGGGACGAUGGUCCCCCGUUUUUUUCCGAACCAGAAAUAUAUUGCUGAGGAAGGUGCAAGGGAAAGGCGAAGGUUCGAUCGCCCCUUUGUGUAACAAUUUUGUCAGUUCUGUGUUCAAGGUUAGAGUAUCUGCCUUUGACAUCCCUAAGGGUGUCGGGUGAGAAUAUUGAACUGGAUGUGUGAUAAAAUCUAUUUUGAAACCUGUGACUGUAUGAAGGAUCCAAAGAUCCUGAGAAAGAAGUUUCCACUGUGGGAAAAAGAAUGUUAAUCGACCUGCGAUUGAUACAGUUUUUAAAUAAGCAAGGUCCAUUACCUGAAGCAGUGCGUCCGCGCAGGGAUGCAGAGCCACGUCCUCGAAUUGAGCCUCUGGUGUUGAACAGCUGCCUGUGGUAGGGUCGUGAGUAUCCCGUGGACCAAUACUCUGUGGGUCGGGGCCUGUAGCCUGAAAAGGCUGCUCUACUGGUAGCUCGGCCCCUUGAGCGACCAGCUCUCCCAGAAAAACGAUUUUGAAAAGUGGGACGGAACACCCUACGUAGGGAGGACUGGGCUUUAUUGAGUGUGGUAAAAACUGAGACAUGCUUGGAGAGGUCUCGCAUGAAACUGUUACCAAAUAAAAGACCAUCGGCCUCUGGGCCUAGUUCUUUAGUGCUCAAAUCCACCAGUUUGGCAUCGAUUUUGUACAGUGCCGCUUUGCGUCUCUCAAUUGAAAUAGCCGUAUUGGCGUUGCCCAAAAGGCAAAGGGCUCUCUGUGCCCAUUCUCUUAUAAUGUGCGGAUCAAGUUCACCGCUGGUGAGUGCCUCAUCUGCGAGUAUGAAUAUCUGUAUGAUAGGACCUGAAAUGUCCAAUAAUUUGUCUUGGGUUGCUUUCAAACCCUGUUCAAUACCCUUACGAGGGUCUUUACCAGAUUUUGUUAAAUAGGUGACCAGCAUGGGGUCAAAUUCAGGGGUAGAGGCAACUUUGCCUGGAAUAGUUGGUCUCGGGCAUUCAGCCCUUAGUUUGUUUCUGAUUUCUUUUUCGAGAGGCUUGCGAAGCCACAGUUUACAGAAAUUAGCAAUAUGAUCUGGGGAAGCCCAUUCUGCUGAGCGCGGGUGGCGUAUCACCCUUGGGUCAAAAAGGGGAAGGCCUGAAGCAUCCAGGAGGGUGUCUGAGUCAGGUACCUUACUCUUGUGAUCUUGACUUAGGAAGGUUUCUUUCACAAACUCCGAUGUUGAGGAAUCCUGGGGCACAUUCACCAUGGGAUCCUCAUCAGAGUAAUUAGGGUCAUAGUCACUUAGAAUAUGGCCAGACAAAUGUGAAGUAGAACCCUCUAGAGGGUCUGUAGUAGCCUGCGAAACGUGUGGGUUAGAGUGUUUAACGACCUUAGCAGGAGCUUUGCCCUUGCCCGCAGUAGCGCUAUUCCCUUUCCAGGGUCUCUUGCGCGGGGCGCUAUCUUGGUCGGAGAUAUGGGAAUCCUCAGAAUCAGAGGGUUGUUGAGUAGAGGGGUGUACCUCUGGAUUACGGUCAUGGUAGGCUGCCAGAGCCUUAGGAAUGGACUCUGCGAUAGUUGAGAAAAGCCAUUCCUUAAGUUCGGCAGAAAUCGCAGGGUCUUGGCGAUCUGACAUAAUGUCAAUUUAAAGGUAAAUGUAAACCCUAUAAAACAACUAUCUAUAUAUAUAUAGAUUAUAAGCGUUAGAAUGUCAAUUAAUGAUGAGGCAACUCAAUUAGAAAGUAUGAUGUGGGGGUCACCCACGAGACGUCAAAUUCAAUGGGGGUCACCCACAAAUGCUUGGCACAAUAAAAUAGUAAAGGGCAAUUAAUGGGGAUCACCCAAUAAUAGAGAUUGUGAACAAAAGAUAUAUUGUUCAAUUACUGAGGUGGGGUCACCACUAUAAAUUUACACUAAUAAUAAAUAUAUAUAAUGUAUAUAUAAUGUGUAUAUAUAAUGUACAGUAAACAAUGGGGGUCACCCACAAAAAUAUAUCAGGUGGGGUUAGCCACAUAAAUAUUAACACAGCAGUGUUUCAGUAGGUGGUAUCAACCACACAGAUAUUGUACAGAAUAUGUACUUUAAAUAAGUAAGUGGGGGUCACCCACAGAAGGGCAAUAAAAGGCAAUCACACAAAAUUUAUAAAAUUAAACCACACUGUAAUUAUACAAAUUAGGGAAAGGGGUUCACCCAGAUUGUAAUAGAAUGGUCCUGUGUAGGCAAAGCCUGUGGAAAAAACAAAUAGGAGAUAGAUCAGUAUAGUGAUCGUUUUUUUAAUGAGUAUAUGAAAGGAGGUGGAGAUAAGAUGGCAGCAACCUACCUUCCACAAGCUAGUCAGUGAUAUGAUUUUCUGUACCCACAGGAUUUGAAAAAGAACUUGUGCCGUUGGCAGUUACUCUGGGGCUGAAAAUGGCCGCCGCGAGCUUGCCGCCGUUGAAAAGGGCGGGAAAAAGCCUGCGUCCAAGAGACAGACGCUAGUAGGCGGGAGGAAGGAUAAGGGCGGGAAAUAGCAGCCGCGGACUCUGGGAAAUGGAGUCCGCGGCUGAGGAGAAAGAGAGAAUGGGCCGCGGCUCUCCCUGAGAGAAAAAAAGCCGCGGCCAGCUGAUUGAAAGCGGCAGGGUUUGAAAAACCCUCCGUUCAGAGAAAAAAUCCGGUAGGACGUAAAAUUUUAAAGGAGAACAAUCCAAUAAUACAAAUACAGUGAAAAAAUAAUAUAUAUGUGAGGUUAGAAAGAAGAAAAUAUUUAAAGGGGAAGAUGAGUAAAUCAAAAAAAUAAAGUUUGUUAAGAUGAGGUAUAUGUGUGUAAGUAACAAGAUUAAAUAAAUAUUGAAGUAACUUAAACCAGUAAAGCAAUGCAAUUGGAGCAGACUCACCUGGGAGGCAAGCAGCAAAGAAAGAGGAAGUGGGAGGAGUUUGAUGACACUAUAUUGUAGUUGAGAUAUGUUAUGAUUGGUUGAUUUUUCCAUACAACAUUGUUAACCAUUUCUUUGCUGCUGGGAGUUACAGUAAAGAAAGAUAAGCAAAUAUGAAGCCUCCUGUCUUGCCAUAAAAUUAGGGGUUAGGAGCUCACCGCUUCCCUGAUCUACUGUGUAGAGCAGUUUCUUAAUACCUUGAGACUUGAUUACAUAGCUUUACACGCAGUUACAUAUGUGGGCUAUGCAGAUGAGGCAGUCAGUUAAGUUGGCUUUAUUUUAUUUUUGGCUUUGUGUUAUUGGUGUAGCUCUGGUUUCUUACAUGAAGUGUAUGGGAAAACUCAUAACGCUAGAAGUACCCUCAUACAUUCAAUCUAAUUACCUAAUCAGCACCAUUAGAUUCUGAUAGUACGUUAUUAUUCCGAAAUAGCGUAGAUAGCAGAAAUAUGUUCAGAAUUGACAUUGUUUUAUUACUAAGCCUUGUGUGGGUUAUGUCAGCUUGCAGUAUUUGCAUUGUGUGUAUUUCAAAAUAAUCUAUGUAGACAUUAUAUGCUCUGUCCUUUAGUAUUUUUAUUUUAUAUUGCAUAAAUAUACAAACAGUACAAUUAUUACAUCCAGCAUACAUCCUUAUUAGACAUUGCACAUACUUAACCAACAUUACAUAAGAGUCUGUGAGGACUUUCCCUUCCUAAGCUGGAUUCUCAAAGAGUGAUUUAAUUAUCUAUUUUAAAUUUGUGUGAUAAUAUAGGCGUAUUAUAAUUGUGUUAUAAAAGUGCUAGUGCUUUUUGAAGACAUUGUUCCCUUAUAUUAUUGUUUUUGGAAGGGUAAUUAUUUAUCCAACCCAUGCCAUAUUCCAUCUUUAAUUGAUAAAUAAUUAGUUUUUUUGUAUUUCAUAUCGUUGUUUCCACUCUCUUGCUAUUAAAACUUUAACUGCAGUGUACUAAAAGAUAGUAUUGAGUUUUGUUUAUGGUGGGCCAGAACAAAUGCAAAAGAGCCGUUUGAGGCUUACUUUCUAUUUUAAUCUGAUCCAUACCGAUCAAAAACUCAUUCAACCCAUUCCCGUAAUUUUUUUAAUUUUCGGACAACGUGUGUGUGUCCCUCCCUCUCUCUCUACCUAUCGCAACUCCAACAAAAUCUUGAAGUAUUUUUAGCGAAUCACGUAGGAACAAGAUACCAUCUAUUGCUUACUUUAUAGAAGGUUUUUCUCAAUGAUAAAUUGUGAAUGUUUAUUGACUCCAACUAAUGCUUUACCCCAUUCGUUAAGAUUGAUUUUUAACAUUAAGUUCCUUUUCCCAUUUUAGAAUCACCUUAGAUUUUUCCUCCAAUAGGGUUCUCAUUACUAAAUCAUAACAGUUGGCCAGUAGCUUUACUUUAACUUUUGGGUCAAACACUUGUUUCAUAAGAUUAUACUCUCUUUCUGAUCCCUUAAACAUUUAUUUUGAUAAAUACUAUUUGAUCCUUAAUUAAUAAAUAUUUGGAAUUUGGAAUAUUGUACUCUGAGACUAAAGAAGAGAAAGGUUUAAUAAUUCUCCCACUCAUCUUAUCCAAGGUAUUAAUAUUCCUACCCUUCCACUUUGCUAGAGAUAAAUCUUGGAUGAGUUAUUCUAAUGUCUCUAUUUCCAUAAAACCAAAUAUUUUAUCUGUACACAGAGUUUUAUUUCUAAUUUUGUACCGUAUUGUAAGAAUAUGUACCAUUAUCUUGUUUAUUUGUUUCAACCUUUAAAUACCUUAUGUUAUGCCAAAUCAGUUUGUACAACUCAGACCUAUUCAGAGUUUCCAAUUCCAUUCUAAACCACCCUUCGUUACUCGAUGUUGUCGGGUUUUUUUGGGGUGGGUGGGGGGGUUUUAGUUAACAUAUUCACGUGGUAUAUCCUACUGGCUUCAUAAUGUUUUUUUUUUAUAUUGGGGAACUUUACUCCUCCUUGAUACACUCUAUUUCCUAGGCACCUUAAUCCUAUCCAAGGUUUUUUCCUUGUGAAAUUUCUUCUUUGAAUGAGAUCUAACCAACACUCUGGUAUUGUCAAAGGUACCAUUUUAACCCCUUAAGGACACAACUUCUGGAAUAAAAGGGAAUCAUGACGGAAUAUGUCCGUCAUGUGUCCUUAAGGGGUUUAAGGUCCAUAUAGGGAGAAUGUAUGCGUUUACGAUAUUCUACCUAACCAAUUUGCCAUCACACUGCCCCUUUUUUUCAGAGUAAUGCUGGUAGUAGUUUUUAUAAUCCUCAAUACAUUAGUUUCUGCAAUCCUAUCCAAUUUUUUAGGGAACAUAGCUCCCAAAUAAUUAAAUGCAUCCUUCAUUUCAAUGAAGUUAUAAGUAUUUAAAAUAUUCUAUUUCAAAUUUGGAUCUAUAUUCAUACAGAGAGCUGUCCUCUUUUCAAUGUUUUGUAAUUUGAGAUCUUACUAAAUUUGAUGGAAGGUCAAGGUAACUAGAGUUUCAUCAGCAUACAAACAUAAUUUAAGAUGGUCUGAGCUUGUUGGCACACCUUUAAUAAGUGAAUUAGAUCUUCUUUUUGUAGCGAAUGGUUCCAUAGAUAACAUUUUAUAUAUAUAAAAUUGGUGAUAAAGGACAACCUUGACGGGUACCGUUAUGUAAAUCAAACCAUAUCAAACCAUUCAGAACAAAGAUUCACUCCCACUACUCUAGCAGUUGGACAUUUACAUAUUGAUUUUAUUGCAUUCAACAUCCAUCCACAGAAACCAAAUGUCUCCAAUACCUAAAAAAACAUAUAUCCCCAUCCAACCCCGUUAAUGGUGUUUUCUGCAUCCAGUGACCGGGGCAGAAGGGGAAUCUCAUUAAGUUCACCCCUAUCCAUUAUAUCAAUCAAACGUCUGUUGUUAUAAUAGGCUUGUCUGUUUGGAAUUAAACAAAUUUGGUCCCUGAAUUAAGUUCGAAAUAACCAUCUUUAUCCUGUCUGCCAGAAUUGCAGAGAAAAACUUGGAAUCCACAUGAAUUAGAGAAAUUGGGUGGUAGUAUUUAAUUAUUUGUGGAUUUUUAUCUUUAACAGCGGUAUGAUAUUUGGUCCUAUGCCCCUAGUAACCACUUUAUGAAACAAAUUAACUAAAUGCUCACUUAUAACUUCCUUAAACACUUUAUAGAACCUGUUGGUCAAACCAUCUGGACCAGACGUUUUAAAAUUCGCUAAUCCUUCUAUAGCUUUUGUCAUUAUUAUUUUUGUUAAUGGGGAGUUAAGUAUUUUGUUUUGCUUUAUCUUAGGAAUUUUCAUAUCCUUUAAAUAAUUUGUAAUCUGUUGUACCCCUGAUUGAUUUGGUAUAUUGUACAGCUAGUAAUAAUUUUGAAAUGCUUUAGCUAUACUUUCUGGGGUCAUAAAUUUAUUUUGAGCUAUUUCAAUACAAUGUAUUCUAUCAUUACCUGUUCCUUUUUUUUCAUAAUCCGUUUCAGCCUUUCAAAAUUUUUAAUUCAUACGUUCCAUUUCAAAUAUAUAUGUGUGUGUGUGUGUGUGUGUGUAAAAUAUAUAUAUAUAUAUAUAUAUAUAUAUAUAAUAAAAUGUGUGUGUGUGUGUAUAUAUAUCUAGUAAGUUAGUUUCUUUCAUAAUAUUUUUUAAAGCAUUAGAUUGUUUAAUGAUUUGUUUGUUAACCUAACAAUUAUCUUUGGUCUUUUUAACCAUUACCACCUCUGGGACACAAUUAAAAUUUGGCCAUAAUCAAAGUACCCAUUUUAACUUUUUCUAUUUUCUCUAUAACACUCCUUUAGCAGAUAGUUGGUAAGAUAUUUGGGAGAUAAAGGUUGACCAACGUAUACAAUUGAGUACAAAAAACAAGGUGAUAGACCGCACCCAAAAGCAAUAAGAUAUAGCAGAAGUAUAUAACCUAAUUAUAAUUACAUCAGUUGGCUCAAUCUACAUACGCUGAGGUAGGAUGGUUUCUAUAACCUUGAAGGAAACCCAAAAUGGACAAAAUAUGUGUAACCGUUAUUUAAACUAUUUAAGGUAUAAAUAUAGUGUGCAAACUCUCAAUAGAUAGAGCUGCUAAGAGCUCUGCUGUAAUGCGCCUGGACGGUACAAUCCCCGACUAUGGAUAUUUGUAACUUUGCUUGGUAGUUCUUUCCGUCCAGUAUAUAUGAGAAAACACAAUAGAAAGGUCUUAUGGUAUAGUAUGUAUAUACGCAAAGUAAAGAAUAAAAAGCGGUAUCCUACUUACAAUAUGCAGAGCAAUGGCCUGCUUUGGUAUGAAGAGCGUUGGUGCAAUUAUCCCCACCUAGGAUAUGCAGGCUACAACAGUAGCUCAAAUAGCUCGACUGAUGACGGCGUGCUGACAUGCCGAAACACUCAUUGAGCUAAUUUUUAUUUUUCACUUACUACACUUGGUAGCACUAAUAUGCACUGUUCAUUACAACCUUUUCAUGCCUUAUGUUCUCUAUCCAGUCCAUUGACCAUGCAUUUAUAAUUAUAUUUGUGUUCUUUAAAGCUGUUUCUACUAUAACAACUGAAAUUUUGUUUGUGUAUACUCCCCUAUCUCUAUUUUGUCAUCUCUAUUUCUUGUAUUUAUAUUACACGUAAUUACAAUUGGGAUCCCUUAUUUGAUUAGUAAAACGUGAUAUACAUUGAAUCUUCUCUCCACUUUCUUCUUUCUUUUCCUCCUUAAUAAUUGUAUAUAUUUUCUUCUCCCUUCUUUUUCCUUUCCCUCUCCUUACUUCUUUCCUUCUGUCUUCCUCCUCCAUAAUUAUAGGCUCAUAAGGCGUUCUCUUUUGUCAAGACUUCUAUUUCUUUAGGUUCAUAAAAUACUUUCCUUGUAUCUUUCCAAAAUACCAUUAUUGAUUUUGAUGUUCCCCAGCGUUAUCUUAUUUUGUGUUGUUUAAGAGGGAUUAAAGUAUCACUGAAUCUUUUUCUCCAUGUUCUUAUAUAUGGUGAUAAGUCUAGAUAAAUCGCAAUAUUGUUGAAUCUCUCAUUGAAAGUGACUUUUUCUUUACUGGCUCGCAUAACCUGUUUUAGUUGAAAAGAAAAUAUUCUUGCUAUGACAUCUCUUUGUAUUGCUUCAGGGAUGUUCUGCGGUUUUCUUAUUCUGUAGACCUAGUCUAUCACCAUAUCUUGGUUUCCCAUAUCAAUAUUUAGACCGGCAAAAAAAAAAAAUCCUUUAAAAAUGUUAUUUUAUCAUAUUUAAUCGUUUCUGGGAUAUUUUUUAAGCGAAUGUUCUUUCUUCUAGCUUUGUCUUACCAUUCAUUCAUUUUCUGUUCAAGUAUUUUGAUUUCUGCCUCCAUUUCCUUUUGUGAGUCUGCCACCAUUUUAUAUUGGAUUUCCAUUUGUUCGUAUCUUUCUUCAAUCUUUAUUAUCUUUGUCCCUACAUCCUCUAUUUGUUGUUUUAAUUUGAUCUCUUUUUUUGAAUGUUUCUGUUUGCUGUUCCAAACUAAAUUUGAUAAAUUCUAACAGAGGAGUCUCUCCCUUCUUCUAUUAUCGAUUCAUCCAGUAUUGGGCUUUCUGCCUUAGAUUUAUUUUGUUGUUCUUAACUGGAUUGUGGAGGAAAGAAUGAUAAGACUCCUUUAUCCUGUUUAAAGAUACACAAAAAAAAAUUAAGAGAUCUAAAAAAGGACACUAAAGGUCCACUAUAGGCACCCAGACCACUUCAGCUCAAUGAAGUGGUCUGGGUACCGGGUCCCCCUAGUUUUAACUCUGCAGCUGAAAACAUAGCAGUUUCAGUGAAACUGCUAUGUUUACAUUGCAGGGUUAAUCCAGCCUCUAGCGGCUAUCUCCCUGACAGCCACUAGAGGCGCUUCAGCGGUUCUCAGUGAGAAAAUCACAUUGAACACACGCAGCGUGAGUUUAGAUCCCCAUAGGAAAGCAUUGAGUAAUGCUUUCCUGUGGGCGGUUUGAAUGCACGCGUGGAGUGGACUUUGGCAGAGGAAGGAGAGGUCACCAGUACUGAGGGAGCCCUGGCUGGAUUAAGGUAAGGAUUUUAACCCCUUCAGCCCAGCGGGAGGGGUCCCCGAGGCGGGGGCGGAGACCUUAUAACCCUGUAGUGCCAGGAAAACUUUUUUUUUUUUUUUGGCCCUAUAGUGUUCUUUUAAGGUGGCCAUAUUUGGUCUACUUGGUUAAGUUACUUUUAGUUUUUAAACCGCAAAAAAAAAACUUUGUUCACUCUAGGCCAUAUAUAUUAUUUAUUUCACCUCUUGAUUUAUAAAAAGCAGGUUGGUGCUUCAUGUUUAACCCCUUGACGACCGAUGACGGUUCAGGAACGUCAUCGGAAAAAUCCCCCUUGGGGACCGAUGACAGUCCUGAACAGUCAUAACAGUCUGGGGCAACUUACCUGAUCGCCGUCGCUCCUCCCGGUCCAGGGGGUCUGCCUAGGCAGUCUCCCCUCGGCAGAUCAAGACCCCGUGGCCAUAGGUGCCUAUGUAUCUGCCUGCAGGGGGACGGUCUGUGCUGACAGGCAGUCUCCCUGCAAGUAGAAAAUCUGAAAAAAAGUUACAUAAAGCAAUCGGUGUUAAAAAAAAAAAAAAGUGUGUGUGUAUGUACACACACACACAUGUAUUAUAUCUAUAUAUAAUAUAUGUAUGUAUAUCAUAUAAUGUCAUACUAAGUGUAUUUAUAUAUACGUAUAUUAAUAUAAAAAUACACUUUUAAUUUAAAUUACACACGUGUGUGUGUGUGUGUGUGUGUAUAUAUACAAAAUAUAUAUAUAUAUAUAUAAUUAUAAAUGUUAUUAAAAAUAAAGUAAAAAUAAUUUUUAAUAAUUAAAAACAAUUAUAUAUAUGUAAUUUUAUUCUAACAGUAUUUUGAUAUUAAUAUAUUUAUAUAAAAAUACACUUAGAAUGUAAUGAUAUAUAUAUAUCUAUGUAUAAAUAAAUAAAAAUAAUACAUAUGUCCAUACACAUAAUUUCAUAAAUAAUUUCAUUAAAUAUACACGUAGACGUCAAAUAUCUAAAUAUGUAUGUAUGUGUGUGUGUGUAUAUAUAUAUAUAUAUAUAUAUAUAUAUAUAUAUAUAUAUAUAUAUAUACACACACAUAUAAUAUAUUAAAAUUCUACGUACGUAUUUAUGUAAUAUUUUUACCUAAUUAAGUAAUUUUUAAUGAUCGCAAUUUGAGGGACCUGCCUGCCAACCCAGGCCGAAAGUCCAGAGAAUUUAAUUUGCUAGCACUGUGUUUAACCCUGUAACUUUCUAUGACACUCUAAAACCUGUUUUAUUCGGGAGACUUCGCUGAACACAAAUAUUAGUAUUUCAAAACAGUAAAACAUAUCACAGUGAUGAUAUUGUCAGUGAAAGUGAAAUUUUUUAUUUCUUAUUUUUUUUAAAUUUGUCAUAUUGGUUAGGUUGCUUUUGAAAGCGUAUGGUAGCCCAGGAAUGAGAAUUAGCCUUUUUUAGUAGCCAUUUAGUCACAAACACUGGCCAAAUUUAGCGUUUUUUGCAUUUUUAACACACAAACAAAUAUAAAUGCUAACUUUGGCCAGUGUUUGACUCGGUUGCUACUAAAAAAGACUGGACAUACCAAAUUUUGAAUACUCUGGGUUGUCUACUUUAAAUAAAAUAUGUACAUGUGAGGUGUGAUUCGGGGAUUUAUGACCGAUAACGGUGUUACAAUGUCACUAUUGAUAAAUUUAAUAUAUAUAUAUAUAUACUGUUUUUUAAAUUAGCUUUUGUAGAUAAGUAAAAGAUUUUUCAAGUAAAAGUCCAAAAGUAUGUUUUGUUUUUCAAUUUUUCACCAUAUUUUUAUUUUUUUUAAAUAAAAUAAGACAUGAUACAAAUAAUGGUAUGUAAAGAAAGACCUUCUUGUCCUGAAAAAAACAAUAUAUAACUUGUAUGGGAACCGUAAAUGAGAGAGGAAAAUUACAUCUAAACAUAAACACCACAAAAGUGUAAAAACUGCUCUGGUCCUUAACGUACGAAAACAGGCCUUAAGAGGCUAAGCAUUUCACAUGCAGGGAGCCAAAACAACACAACACAAAAGAAAGAAAAGGCCGGGAAAUUAACAAAAAAAUAACUUUACACCUAUAAAUAAGUAAUAAACCUUAACUUCCUUUUCCCUUUUUUUCCUCUUGAUUUAUAAUAUGGAAAAGGUUUGCUUUUGGUUUGGCAGUUUUAGUCCCAUAUAGUCACGUUUGUUUCUUUAUGGCUUCACAGAUUAGUUGGUUAUAUAAUUCGCUCACCACCAGUUUCGUUAUAUUGAUAGUAAGGAGAUUAUUUUACACUUAUCGUGCAGGGCUUGCUCAUCCAAUUUCCUUCAUUAGGCCCCUUGUAAAUGUUCUUUCUUUCUGCCUCUCACAGAGCCACUUUACACUUUUCUUCUCACAAGUCUCUCCCAUCCGUGUUAACGCCAGAAUAUUUGAUCCACGGCCACUAUCCCUUGCUCUAUAUAGGUUACCCCUCAUGUCAGCAUUCAGCUUCAAGACCGUUCUCUAUUGAACGCCGUUGAUCGCCUUACUCCGCCCAGACCCUGCCUCCUGUUGCGUGCGCGCAUCCGCACGUCGUUACAUCCUGUCCUUUAGAUUUUAUGAUCACAGACUGCAAGUUAAUAACUCAAACAAUAAGCAAUGAUAGUGGUAGGUUUCAGUAACUGCCUGGUAAAUAUGACCCUUUACUGCUUCAGCAAGAUAAGAUGAGUGGGAUUUUGUCAGUGAAAUUAAUUUGUUAAUUUGUUCAUGAUUUUUUUGUCAUCACAGAACCAGCCACCUUGAUAUCCGAGAACUAAUAUCACUUUACCCUCUCCUGCUGCCAUCUACUUCCUCAUUUAUCCGUACGCACCCACCUCUACACGAGUAUGCGGAUCUCAACCAGCUCACACGAGGAGACCAGGAGAAAGUGGUCAAAUGCAAGCGCUUCCUUAUGAGUUACCUGAGUGAAAUCCGCAGUACUGAGGUAGCUAAUGGAUACCAGGAAGAUGUGGAUACUGCACUGUUAAAGCUGUAUGCAGAAGCGGACCAUGAAAGCCUACUAGAUCUUUUGGUAUCAGACAAUGCAUGUGAUCUCGCAGACAGUGUCUCCUGGCUGGAAAAGCACAAAAAGUGAGAUAUGAAAGAUUUUAAUACAUUGUUAGUCCGUAAAUCAAACCUUUACAAUUUUUAUAAAGUCUAAUUGGAGAUUACGAUCACACAAUUGAGCUAAUGUGAGACAUUUUAGUCUUCAUCACCGCAUGAAGUAAUGUGGAUGAAAUAAGUCUUAACAGUAAACUCCUUUUUUUUUUUUUUAUUAAUUGAGUUUAUUGUUUUUUUAGCACAAAGGAGAGUAGGGAGUGGGUACAGAAGGAAAAAAAGGGUAGGGUAAGGGGUUCAGGGUUACAAUACAGAGAAUCGUCUAACUAGGUGCGCAGUUAUUUGGGCGUAAAGUAGUCGCUGCUCAUCCCAAGUCAAAACUGGCACUACCUAUACCCCACUGUUCACCCUCCAAGUGUAUCUCGUCGAUGAGGCCAUGUAGCUAUCAGCCUCUUGCGUGCGCUGAGGGCGAUGCUCUAGUUAUUUCUAGCCUAUUUGUUGUGCAAUCUGCUUGUAUGUCGCAUACCUUAACCUUGUAGGGUGUUUGGGGGGGAUCAAGGGGGCUCAAGGUUUGGCCCUCUUGCUUUUAAGGUCUUACUGUCCCUCCACUGGACGGGGCUCCCUGCCUACGCUAUUAAUGCCUCCUAUGUAUCCCUGAGAAGUGUGGAAUUCUGUGAGGUAUUGCACAAGUGACCAGGUAAUGCUCUGCCUGAACCUUCCUAAACAAAAAGUGAAACCGAAAAAAUAAGGUAGAAUAUAGUGUAACAAAAAACAGUUUAACAUGAGGGAAACACAAUCUGAUUGCUAUCCAGCAUCUAGGUGGAGGCCGAGGGGGGGGGAUCUAAGGCGUUCCCUGCGCUAAAAUCCCUGGUUUUUUUUUUUGUUUUGUUUUUUUUUAAUAAAUAUAAUAUCGUUAGUAACAGGUGUGUGUAUGAUCCGGGUCUCAGGCCGGAUGAUGGUUUUAUGGAGGCUGAAAUUGAUAGUGGCGACACCAAGGUUCCCAGGUUUUAGAUAUUUUAUGUUUUUGGUUAGGAGUUAUCGCAGAAGUGAUAUCAUACACAUAAUUUAGUCGGAUUUUGUCCAUGAGGUUCUUUGCAGACGGGCAAAUGGUUGAAUUCCAAUUGAGCGCUAUGAGAGCCCUAGCCGCCAGUAUCACCUGUGCGGCCAGUCCCCUCUCCUGCUUCGUCCAGCUGGCGGGAAGGUCCAACCAAAGGCAGGACCCAAACUCCAGCGGGAGAAUAAUAUCUACGCUGCUAAGCAAUCUUGCGACCUCCAACCACAAUGGCUGAAUAAGGUCACAUCCCCACCAUAUGUGGAGCAUCGUGCCUCUUUGGGCUCGGCACCUCCAACAUCGGUCAGAGGUGUUUGGAUAGAUUUUGCUGAGCCUGUCUGGUGUCAGAUACCAUCGGUACAUUAGCUUUCUGUGAGCUUCCAUGUGUGAGUAGCACGCAGUAUGACCAGUCAGUGCAUUAACCAGUGCUAGCCAUUUGUGGGGAAGGAGAGUUGUCCCGCUUUCUUUUUCCCAUUGGGACAUAAAUGACAGGGAUGGGGAGAGUGGGAAGUUCGAUAUUGCUUUGUAGCACUUUGAGAGCAAUUUAGGCCUAAGGGGGCAUUUCCAACAUGACAUAAGCAGGUCGCAUUGCUGAUUUGGUUCUCCAGCCUUGCCCUCUAUGGUCCUAUCGACAUGCUCCAAUAGUGCACUUUUAAUUUGGAGGUAAGGGAAUAUGUAUCUAGGGGCUAGACUGUACUUCUGUUGGAGGUCAGCAAAAGGAGUGAUUCCCGUACCAGAGAGUAGCUGGGAGACACUAGUGAUGCCCGCUUUCGCCCAUGUGGAUAGUGGGAGCCAUGGUAACACUGUGGACAUGGCGGUUAGUGGAGCCAGUCUAUGGAAUCUGGAAGUCUUAGUUUGAAGUGCCUUGAACUUAUCCCAUAUGUGUAUGGUCAGUUUCGUUGUUGAGAAGAGUGUACGUGCUUUCCCCCGUUUAGCUGGUGGGGACCACAUAUACUCUAGGAGGGUUUCCUUAGGCCAUUGUUUGCGUUCCAUGUCGACCCAAAGUAGUCGUCCCUUGUCUGCGUGAAGAUUUACUGCUUGGGAUAAUAUGGCCGCCAGGUGAUACAUGGCCACCUGGGGUACCCCCAUCCCUCCCAUCUGGAACGGUCUAUACAAUGUGGAACUCGCUACUCUCGCACGUUUGUUUCCCCAUAUAAAGUUAUUAAUAAUGGACUGGGCUUUCUUGCAAAAGCUUUGUGGGAUAGGUACAGGUAGCAUACGAAAUAAGUACAGUAGUUUAGGUAGGGCCAUCAUUUUCACCGCGUUGAUUCUCCCUGCCCAUGAGAUCAUCAAGUCUUUCCAUGAAUUCAGCUCUUUACGGAUUAUUUCUAAGAGAGGGACAUGGUUUAGUUUGUAUAUAGUAUGUAUCGAUUUGGCAACUCGCACUCCCAAAUAUGUUACCGACUCCGUCCUCCAAUCGAAAUCGAAGGUCUUUUUUAAUUCCUCAGCAUUCUGCAAGGGGAGAUUAAUAGGCAGGGCUUGUGUCUUAGCCGUAUUAAGUUUGUAAUACGAGAUAGAGCCAAAGGAUUGUAGGAUGGGCAUGAGGUUUGGGAGUGAUAUCUCUGGCCUCGUCAGUGUCAGCAGAAUGUCAUCAGCGAAUAAUGAGAGUUUGUAUUGGUGUUCGCCGACAGUGACUCCGUGAAUGUUUGGGUCCUGCCGAAUGAUCUGGGCUAAGGGUUCUAGACAUAGUAUAAAAAGCAGGAGGGACAAAGGACAACCCUGUCUCGUUCCGUUCGAAAUUGGAAAGGGUGUGGAAACGAAUCCUGCGUUGGUGACACUAGCUUCUGGGGAGGAAUAUAAGGCCAUAAUUGCUGUUAUGAAUGCUGAAGGAAAGCCAAAUUUGUUUAGUGCCGAUUUCAUGUAUAGCCAAUUGAGCCUAUCAAAGGCUUUUUCCGCAUCUAAUGCGAGCAACAGUCCUCCCAGUUUGUUAGUGUUGAGACCCUCCAGUACAUUAAGAAGAAGCCUAGAAUUGUCUGAGCCCUGUCUGCCUUUGACAAAGCCAGAUUGGUUAUAGUGGAUUAGAGCGGGGAGUAAAUGUUUGAGUCUAGUCGCCAGAAUUUUUGCAUAUAGUUUGGUAUCAAUAUUCAAUAGGGAUAUCGGGCGGAAAUUAGCGCAUGCUGUGGGUUUUUUACCUGGUUUGGGUAGAGUGACUAUGUGAGCUCGUAGCAUUUCACCAGGUAAUUUACCUUGUGUGAAACCUUGGUUAAACAGAGAAACUAAGUGUGGUGUAAGAGCAGUUUGGAAGGUUUUAUAGUAUAUGGAGGAGAGUCCAUCUGGUCCUGGCGAUUUAGAAUUGGGUAAAUCUUUAAUCAUUUGUGUAACUUCCUCAACGGAAAUUGAUUUAAUAAGGUCAGAUAUCUUAUCAUUGGGCAGCAAGGGUAGCUGGAUCAUCCCUAGAAAUUCGUCUAUCUGUUCUUGUGUGGGUUGGGGUGUCAGGUUAUCAUCUUUAAGAUUAUAGAGUGUGUGGUAAAACUGAGCAAAUUCCUGAACUAUUUUAUCAGGGUUUACGAUUUUCUGACCCUGGGGGUUGUGAACGUAAGCUAUUUUAGUUGCGAGGCUACGUUUUUUAAGCCUGGAGGCAAGUACUUUCCCUGCUCUGUUUCCUUGCUCAUAGAAUUUGGCUUUGAGACGCCUUAGGAAAAAGUUCGUUUUAGCCACUUCCAAUUCUUGUAAUUGCGCACGUACUUCCGUAAUCUCCCUAAGGUGCGUCUUUGAGGGUGUUUGUUUAUUACAUGUGUUUAAUGUUGUGAGGCGGCUGGUAAGGUUUAUGUAUUUAGCUAUACGCGCCGCUUUGGCCCUGCUCGCGUGCUUAAUUAAUACUCCCCUAAUGUAUGCCUUAUGGGCUAACCACGUAACUUCUGUGGGUGUGUUUGGUUGAGAAUUAGUCGAAAAAUAGACUUCCAGUUCCCUAUGUAGGUCUUCUAAUAUUUUGGGGUCGUUGAGCAAGCUUUCGUUAAGCCGCCAAGUUCCUCUCCCUUUAGCAGGGAAUUGUUCAUUCAAGUGGAGAAUGAUCGGCGCAUGGUCCGACCACGUUAUAAGGCCUAUAGUUGUGUUGACCACGUUGCUAAUCAGGGAGGUAGGUAUCAGGAAGCGGUCUAUUCGGGAGUACGAGUUAUGUGCCACUGAGUGAAAUGUGAAAUCCUUUUCUUGCGGAUGUGUCACCCUCCAUGAGUCUAUAAAAUUCUGCUCUAAGAGAAGUUGGUUAAUGUGCCCGGAGGUUGUUUUCCUGCCUGUUUCAGUAGAUGCUUUCACUGUGUGCGAAGAAGACGUGUCUAGUUGAGUAUCUAGAAUGAAAUUCGUGUCCCCACCUAUCACUACAUCCCCCAAUCUGCCUUCAUCCAUGGCAUUAAAAAUAUUGAGGAGAAAUGCGGCUUGUGCUGUAUGAGGGCCAUAGACGUUAAUUAAUGUGUAUGGGGCAUUAUUCAGCAAACAUUGUAUAAUUAAGUAUCUUCCCUGUUUGUCUGUACGUUUUUUACUAGUUCAAACGCCACAUCCUUCCCAAUAAGGAUCGACACUCCCCGCUUCUUUUUAGAGAAACAGGAGUGAAAGUCUAAAGGAUAGAGAGGUGAGUUAAAUUUAGGCCUUUUACCCCAUUGGAAGUGCGUUUCUUGGAAGAAUGCAAUUUGAGCUUUAGCCCGUUUCGCUUCCAAUAGUGCCAGUCUCCGUUUAUUCGGGGAGUUGAGCCCUUUAGUGUUCAAAGAUAUAAAUGUCAACACCAUUUUACAUACAACCUACUAUGCUGUCCAGGAUUGUUAGAUUGUAUUCUAGUCUCCAUUAAGUCAGUCCUCCUGUCGGUUACCCCCUCCCCGGGGCUCUGGGUACAGGCCUCCCUAUGUAUCCGCAUUAUGAAUCCCUCGAACAAGACAAAGAAAAAAACAUGAAAGUAUAUGAACUUAAGAUCAAAAGAAUAGAAAAAACUUAUAUACAGUUGCCUGAGAACCGUGUGCCGAGCACACGGUAGGCAAUUAGUAUUGGUGACGUAUACUGCAUACGUCGUAGUGGCCUGGCUCGGGCCACUGGGGGGUGGAACGUUGGAUAGUACCAUCUAUCAAAUAUACUAUGUCACAGGGGACUGUCCUUAUCCUCAGGGUUAACCUUAGACCGAGACAAAGAUGCCAAAUCAAUAAGUCAAAUUAGGGAAAGGGCAGGCAUUAUGUAUCGCGGUGUUGCACCCUUCGUAGUACGGCCCACAGUUCUGUGUGCAUGAGUACAUGUAUACUUUUAACGUCUGGAAAUAUGCUAAAACUGCCCAAUUUUUAAUCAUAUAUUUUUUUUUUUUUGCUUCUUUUUUUUUUUUUUUUUGUUAUUAUUUGGGCGCUAACUCCUUCACCUGUUACAUUUAUAACAACCGGUAUCUAAAUCACCUUCCCUCUCAGUCAAAGGAGAAAGAAGGAAAUAGUGACAGUAAAGAAAAAAGUUUAUGGCGUGUUGUUCACUUAGCUGCGUCAAUUCUGUGCCAGUCUCCAGCCAGUCUCCAGCCAGUCUGGUUGGGCGUGCAGGGGUGAUUUUCCGCCGACUCUGGCUGCGGCAAUGGGAUGCUCCACUGUGCUAGCCCGUUCCUCCCGUCUUCCGGGUUAAGAAACACCUUCUCCACUCCAUUUCUUCGUGCGAUUAGGCGCGUCGGAAAGCCCCAUUUGUACGGUAUGGACGCCUCUCUCAGAGCUUUGGUGAUGGGGCCAAAAGCUCUUCUUUUAGCCAUAGUCGCUGGUGAUAGGUCGGUGUAUAGCUGUAUCUCCUUGAAGCGUUCUCCCAGAUUCCGCGCAUCCCGCGCCGCCAUCAUCAGCCUCUCUUUUACUGUAUAAAAGUGCACCCUGACAAUGGUAUCCCUAGGUACUGCCGCUGGCAGGCCUCUGGGUUUCAGCAGCCUGUGUACUCUAUCUAUCUGUAGCUCCUGCUCCGACGCCUCAGGUAGCAGUGCCUGAAAAAGUUGGGUGACAUAACCUCUUAAGUCCGGUUGCGUAACCUCCUCAGAGAUGCCGCGUAGGCGGAUGUUGUUUCUACGGGCUCUAUCUUCUAGGUCUACCACUUUUGUCUCCAGUUGUUGGAUUUGAGAUUUGAACGUGGUAUAGGUCUCAGCCAGGGUGUUAUGUGCCUCUAUGACCUCCUCCAUCUUGUCUUCUAGAUGGGCCGUGCGGUCCCCAAUGGCCUGUACAUCUCUCUUAAUGUCAGCCGCUAACUUUUGAAAAUCAGCUCUCAUAGUGUAUUUGAGAUCAUACAGCAGGGUUCUAAUGUCUCCAUCAGCGUGGGGGGGGGUGUUGGAGGCGAGAUACUGAGGUUACAUCACUUGCCUCUGAUUCAGUUGCUGGUGAAUGCACCCCGUCGGUGCCAUCUUGGAUCAGUCUGCUCGACGGUGAGAGGGCCGAGAGCUUUUUGCCGCUGCUUUCUGGCUGAUUUGCUCGUCAUCGUAAUUCACCGGUAGUUGGCAACUGAGGCAGCCGUUUUUCCCGGUCCAAUGCUGUGGAUACACGCUGUUAAGGUACCCAGUCCGACGGAGCUAGUCCUUCACACGUCCAGCUCCGUCCGUGUCGUAGCCACGCCCUCAACAGUAAACUCCUUUUGUUGAUAUUACAAUGCAUUUAAAAGCUAUACAUAAGACAAAAUGACUACUUUGUCUGAAUUGCCUAGCUUUGGCAAAUGUGGACUUUCUGCCAUCAUUUCCCAUCAGUGGAUACAUAUGGCACAUAAGUAAAAUUCAAUGGAAUAUAGCAGGAUCCAUUGUAGAUUCUUUAUUUUGUAUCUCAAGAGUACAAUAGUGACAUUGGUUCCUGGCAUAUGAGGUAGAGCAGUGCGUAUCUGCUCUCCCAGUCCACCACCAUGCAAGCGGACAUAGUCAUCUUGUGGAGUCUAUACAAAGUAUGCAAAGACCCCACAAGUGAAAGUACCACUUUAAAGUUGUGUAUCUUAACUAGAUAUUACAAAAUUCUUCUAUCUUUUUACACUCUUUUUUUUUUUUUUUUGUGUUAAUGUAUUUCGCCUAUAAAGGAUUCAUUUUUACAAAAGGAAUAUUUUUAUCUUGCUUGCUGCUUCAUUAAGUAGCUAUCUACUUCUACAACUAUUUUAUAUUUUCUGUAUUUUAGAUACUUUGCACUUGGUCUCCUGUACCACUACAACAAGCAAGACGCAGCUGCACUUGAGGUAAUUGGAACACAUCCUGACACAUGUUGACACAUGUCCCAUGUAUUAACAUUAAACAUUUUCAUUUAGUACAAUCACUUUCCUAUUACAUAUGUGUAUCUUGUACCAGAGUUUCAUAAGGUUUGCACUAAGAAAUAUAGCAGAAACCUAAAAGAGAAAUGGGAAUGUUCAUUGUUCAUUCUUGUUUCAGCCCCUACAGACUGUUUUUUAAAUUUUUUUAUUUUGCAUUUAUUCUUUGCUUUGAAGCUAGUUUGUGCAAAGGAUUGCAUAUUGGCAAAUCCUUGAUUUAUCACUUACAUUUAAUGUAACGUAAUGACUUAAUUAAAAAAACAAAACAGUUUCCUACUAUGGAUGAAACAAUCUGGUAGUGGUGUGCAGUUCUCCUGUGUGAUUGCGGUAUGGAUGGUGUUUAUCUGGUUUGGUGGUGAUAUUUUUUUUUUUUUUUUCUCGUAUGUAUGUAUGUAUGUGUGUAGAGAUAUAUAUAUAUAUAAUAUAUAAGCUUUGUGACUAUUUUGUCAGUGUUAUAGCGUAUUCUUCAAAUAGGCCAUUGGUUAUUUGUAAUAUAAAUUCUGAUUAUGGUAAUGUGGGUCAAUAAAAGUUUUUCCCUUCCCCCUUACAGGUCUGGGUGAGAAUUGUGAAUGGUGAUCUGGAGGAUAACACACGCCCCGACCUCUUUGAAUAUAUUGUGGACUUUCUUACCUUUUGCACAGACCCGCAGCUGGUGUGGCAGUACACAGAUUGGGUUUUACAGAAAAGUGAGCAGGUUUGUGGUUCUAUUGAGAGCAAAUUGAGCUGGCUGUGGUUAUUGUAAACUGGUGCGUUUUAUUUAACAGUAAAUACAUCACAUACCAUUUUGUGUAUGUCUGUAUAUCUCUAUGAUUAAUCAUAUUUUUUAUAUGCUGUUCCCAGAGCCAUGAAUGUGGUUAUCUUCUCUUCUUUUUCACUUAUGGUUUCCUUUUUUCCUUAUGUGUAUCAGACCCUCAAUCGAUGUCCCAGAGGGCUGGCAAAUAAAUAGAAACUUUUGUUAGAACAAAGCAGAGAAAGGGAAGCUUAGGGAGUUAACUGUGAAGAUUUAAAGGGGCUCUUUAAGUGCAAUACCCACUACUGACCAUUUUAGUUAUGGUCCUAGUUAUUUAGACUAUGGAGGCCAGAUGCUCUCAGCAUAUCACUGCCAUCCAGUUAUGAUGUGGAAGUAUAUAUUCUGCAUUUGCAAAAUGUCAUAAGAGUGCCUGGGGUAGCUGGUGUCUGCUCUGGUUUCUGUUAACUCAAUCAAAAACUGGUUGAAACAAAACUAAGGGAUAGCACCCACAGCCACUAUAACAAGCUGUAGAGAUUUCAUUUAAAGUACCCCUUUAAAUGAAAUCUCCAAUGACCAUAACCCACUGUAAAUUUUUAAAGUGCAUUUUAGAACAGUUUGAAUUCUUACCUGAAGUUUGCAGUGGAACUGGUCCUUGCCUCGCUAGGGAGAGCCUGAAGCUCUCUGCCUAAUCAGAGUCCGGCAUUGAUUAGGUCAGCUGAUACUCUCAGCCCAUGAGCUAGCACUGUAUUACAGAGCUUGGCUCAGGCGCACUCACAGAAGUGCCAGGUUAGUAGCUUCAAGGUGUCCACAGAAUGUGGCGGGGGCAGGAAGUGGCUCCCAGCAGGCCUGUAGUAAGAAGUCGAACCAAUCUAAAACUUUUUGACUGCUUAAAAUGGGUAGGUGUCAGGACACCCAUAUAUUGUUUAUCUGAAAUAGUUAUGAUGCUUGAAGUGUUCCUUUAAAGAGCCUAUCCAGGCACCAAAACAUGUAUUUAAAAAAUAUUUUACCAGGAAGGAUACAUUGAGAUUUCUCUCGUUUUCAAGUAUGUCCUGGGUGAAGUUGUUAUAGUGCCAGUUUUGUGAGUGAGGAGUCACUGGCUGAGAGCAUCAACUGACCACUCUCAGGCAAUCAAGGGCGCCUCUGCCCGGAGGCACUCCACGCUUCCUGAAUCUAAAAAAUUCAGAAUCCAGAUGCCGCCUGGGGGAGUGGACAUUGCCACUAAAGGCAAUUUUGAGGUUAAACUGUCCGAGAAUGGUUUAAUGCCUUAUGGUAAGAGUGACUCUGGGGGUCUCCUGGCACCAUAGCAACUUAAUUUAGAUUAAGUUGUUUUGGUGCCUGGAAUGGCCCUUUAAUUCACUAGCAUGUUAUUUUAUGCAAGGGAGGUCCUGCUAUUGAGUUGUAUGAAUCACUUUAUAGUGGGGUUGUUUUUUUGUUGUUUUUUUAUGCAUUUCCACUUAAUGCUUUAGAUUCAUUAUUGAACCCUUUUCAUAUCUUGCAGAUUGGAGUCCAGAUUUUUACAAAACGGUCUUCAGAUGAGCAGUUACAGAAUGGCUUCAGUCCAGAUAAGAUUGUGAAUCAUCUGUGCAAAUAUCGGCAGGCAUUAAUUGUAUACAUGGAACAUUUAGUGUUGGGGAAAAGGAUACAGGUAAGGGCCUCAAAAAAAAUAAAUACAUUUAUUUUUUUUGUGCAAUAUUUCUGACCUUUUUGAAAAAUAAAAGCACUUUGACGAAUACGUGUUUCGUGUUUUUCUUGGAAUUAACCCAUUAUCUUAAGCAUGUUGUUUGGCAUUAUUUAAUACCGACGUGACUAGUGGUAGGCAAGGUAUGCUUUAUUGUGACACGUCAUCUUUUACAAUGGAACUGCUAAAGGGUGAAACUUAUUCUGGGGAUUUAAAUGUAGGGAAAGUUUCCCAGUGAAAGUUGUUCAAAGAAUGUGAAAGAGAACAUGGCCUUUGAAGGGAUACUGUAGACACCAAAACAACUUUAUCUUAAAAAAGCAGUUUUGGUUUAUAGAUCACGCUCCUGCAGUCUCUCUGCUCAAUUAUCUGCUAUUUAGGAUUUAUAGAACUUAGUUUAUACAGCCCUAGUUGCACCUCUGCAUGUGACUUACACAGCCUUCAAAAACACUUCCUGUAUCGAGAGGUCUAAUGUUCAAACUUAUUGCACAGUCUGUUUAAUUUAGAUUUUAUCUACUACUCUGUUAAAAGCAUUAUAGACUGUGCAGGAGCCUCCUUUGCGUGAUUAAAGUUUAAUUUACAGAGCAGGAGAUACAAACUUCAAAGUGGGUUAAAAUCUGAUUGAAAAUGGGGAAAGAAAGAAAAAUUCACGCAGUCUGUGUCAGUCAUAGCCAGGAGAGGUGUGGCUAUGGCUGCAUAAACAGAAACAAAAUUGAUUUAACUCCUAAAUGGCAGAGAAUUGAAAGUGAACUAAUCAUGUCGGGGUUCUAGUUCCCACCAUUUUUUACUGUUCAUUAUAUACAUUUUAAAAGUAUAUUUUCUGUUUUAAAUCUUUUUUUUUUUUUUGGCAAACAUUCCAUGUACCAACUGCUGUCAGCUGCUCAUGAUAUGCAUUAUUAAUCACUUUAUAAAUACUCGCAUAACAAUUCAAGUUUGAUCGUUAUUACGAUAUUGAAUAUUCCCAAUAACCUGUUUGAGAGAAGUCAGAACUCAACAUUUACUCACCAGUAGCCAUUGGCAAGAUAAACGUCUUCCAUGGUAAGUAGAAAUUCACCUCUGCUAAGUCUGCCAUGGAUCCACCGAGCAUGCAGUGGUGAGGAACAUUUAAGGCAUAAAAAGUAGGGUAGGAGCUUUAAGCCCGGAUUAUAUGAUUUAUAGAAGUGAAGUAAUCCAGAAAUGCAUUUUAUCUUUGUAUAAUAUUUUAUGUAUGUGUUCUGCUUUAAGUAAAUAAACCGAUCCUCUCUUGACAGAAGGAAAAGUAUCACACACAUCUGGCUGUUCUGUAUGUGGAAGAAGUCCUGCGCCUUAAGUCUAUGGACUCUUCAGAGCAAAAAGAAGUAAUAGAGCUCCAUACACGACUCCAAAACUUGCUGCGACAGUCAGAGCUUUAUAGGGUUCUUCUGAUCAUUGGUAAAUAUGUGUGACUAUACAGGAAAAUAAACAAGGCUUAAAAUUUAAAGAUCUUUUAAUAAAACACUACACAGGCACCGAUUAAAACAGGUUGGGAAUACAUUUUUGAAUACUUUGACGUAUAAUAUUGAUCAUUUUUGCUGUGAUAAAUAUUUCUCAAACAUUCAAAGUAGAAAAAAGUGUCAUAGUGAAAUAUGUUCAUAUGUAGAAUUGUAAAAUUGUGAGUACACUUCCAGGCACUCUCAUAUAAAAAGCAGAGUCAUCGUUUUUAGGAUUUCAAAUGCAACUAUGCUGUAAUUCUUUAAUAUUAAAAAUACAAUAUUUGCACAAAUAGUCCGUCUCACACAAAUUAAAGAAUGUACAAUGAGGGAUGUGUAGGACCAUCAACCACUUGAAAUGUCUAUUGUAACUUUGUACCCUGCAUUUUAUCACAGUCUUGCUUAAGCUGUUUGUGUCUUAGCUGAUAGACUGUCUUCUUUAUGUCUGAAUUGUUAAAUGUAAUGCUCACAGGUUGUCAUCCUAAUAAAGCUUUUUAUUCAGUGUCGGACACUUUAAAGCAUGACCACUGAUUACAGCCAAUAUUGGGAAUUGUGGUUAUUAAAAGAAGUGUUUUGUUAUUAAGUAGCUUUAAGCUUUAUUUAUCUUCUCUGUCAGAUAAAAUAAAAGGGACAGAUCUGCACCUGGAGCGGGCCAUAUUACAUGGAAAACUGGAAGAGCAUGAUCAGGCUUUGGACAUUUUAGUUCACCGUUUAAAAGACUUUGCUGCUGCUGAAAGUUAUUGUGUGUGGAACUCACAAGGAAGAGACGUCCCUUACCGCCAGCGACUCUUCCAGCACCUUCUAGCCACCUACCUCAAUCCUCCCAGUCCAGAUAAUGCACUUUUAGUGGCUGCUGUGGAUUUACUAAAUAACCACCCAUUGGAGUUUGAUGCUGCCAGGGUUUUGCAUCUAGUACCGGAGAACUGGUCCGUACAGCUCUUGUCCCCUUUCUUGGCUGGGGCUAUGAGGGAGCAUAUUCAUGCACUAAGGACGUCCCAGGUGGCAUUGGGCUUGGCAAGAGCUGAAAAUAUCAUUUACAAGCAGGAAAAGGUGUGUCUGCUUUUUUUUUUUUUUUACCCCUUUUUACCUCAAUCAUAAAAAUUUUAAAACUGUGUUAAAAAGAACAAUGUAAAACAAGUAUCAUCAUUAUGAGCCAUUUAUCCUUAUAUAGUGACUUUUAUGUGUUAGGACUGACAGAUAUAGAAUUUAGAAGCCAGACUUUCAUAUUGUAAAAAAACAAAACUGACUUUUUUUUUUUUUUUCCAUUAUAUUUACUUAUUUAUAUUUCAGAAUUAAUUUCACAACUAGUACAAAAAGUAAAAAGUCAUAUACAAGUAUAAGCGUAUUCCCCUUACACAAGAGAUAGCCAUAUUAACCCUAUCACAUACACAUACCAACAAUAAGACAAACUAAAAAUAUUCACUGCGACUGCGAGAUCUAUUUCCACAUUAACUUCUAUCGUUCCUGGUUCAGUAGACAAAAGCCAACACGAUCAGGGUUCGGUGUACAGGCCAACAAUCUUGUCUAUUCUUUAUAGAUGGUUGAGGAACUGUAGCCCCUAGGGUAGUUAAAUAGUAUAUUUUCCAUCUCCAAUUGGAAGAGCAGUUGUUUUAUAAAUAGAGUUGGAAUUAUUACUUGCUUCCAGUGUCAAGCAGUCCAUAAUUUUGCUGCCAUUAAGCAAUGUGUAAUCAGAAUAUCAUAUUUUCUAACACUUACCGUGCUAUUUAUAUUUAAUAAAGCAGUUUAUGUUUUUUUUUAAUCAGCGGUAUACCAUCCUACAAUCCUUUAUGAUUUUAAAUACUUGGUCCCAAAAUUGAACUAUCCUAGGGUAAAUCCACCAUAUGUGGUACAUGGUUCCUUCUAGUUGUAAACAUCUCCAACAAACUGAAGAGUUGGAAGGGGAAAUCCUGGAGAGUCUCACUGGGACUAUGUACCACGGAUACAUGACUUUCACUUAAUGUUGUUUAUGUUUUGAGAGUAUUGAAUCCCACACCCUGUUACCUACAGAAAUGGCCAUAUCGCUUUCCCACUGCUUCACAGCUGAAAUUUUCAGUAUAGGAGUUUUCACACCAAUAUACUCCAUUGCCCUUGAAAUAGACAAUUUUUGGUUUGUGCCAUUAAAUGGGUUUUUUUUUGUUUUGUUUUGUUUUUUUAAAGUAGGUCGACUAUACCCUUAUUAUCCUUUUAAUAAUCAAUUUAUCAAAAGAAAAAAGUUGGUAAUCGCAUUUUUCCCUUAUUGUAUAAUCACUUUGUUUGAUCCAACUUCUUAGAUCAAUGUUAGGCAUAAGUGACUCCAAUAUUCUAAUAUUAGCCCCUUCAUAGAUGUUAGUAAUUUUUAAAUCUUUCUUUAUACCCUGCUAUUCUUUCAAAGUUUUUGAAAUUAUUAAUGAUUUCUCGAAGUCAUAAGUAGUUUUGUUUCUUUCUAUAUCAUUCCACAAUCGAUAAGCAAGGUUGUCAGAGCCUACUCCUGCUUGCUUCCAAUUUAUACCAUGCCUGAUCCUUUGAAUCGUUGAUGUGUAAUUUGUGGACGUGGAUAAUCAUAAUCGCCAGAUAGGUAUUUCUAAUUACCGGGUAUCCUAUUCCUCCAUGACUUUUUUUUUUUUUUUUUGUCCAAAAACCUAAUAUUUAAUCGAGGUCUUUUGCCUCUCCAGAUGUAAUUGGUAAAACUGUAUUGUACAGUAUCUAGCCAUUGUUUUGGGAUUCCUAGAGGGAGCAUCUGAAAUAGAUAUGCCCACUUGGGGAGGAUAUAUGAUUUAAUGGUGUUAAUCUCCCCCACCAGGAAAUUUCAUAGUAUCUCCAUUCUCUUAACAGGAUAAUAGUAUGUUUAAGGAGUCUCAAAAAAUUAACUUCCAUUAUUGCUUUUGGAUCUACGGUAAUAUCAAUGCCCAAGUAUCGUAUAGCCUUAGCAGUCCAAUUAAAAUCAUAUUUUUUAAGUCUUUUAAGUUUGUUGACUUCAAUAUAUUUAAAUAGGACCGAUGUUUUAUUCAUAUUUAAUUUAUAGUUUAAAACUAGUCUAUAACUCUUAAAUUCCUGCAUUAGAUGGCGUAGAGAAAAACACGGGUCUGUUACGGAAAUAAGGAUGUCAUCUGCAUGUAGGCAUAGCUUUAGUUCCCUACCUUUUUGAAUCACUCCUUUAAUCAAGGGGUUACUUCUUAUAUUGAUAGCAAGAGAUUAUAUUGAUAUGUAUAAUAGAGGGGACAAAGGACACCCUUGUCUCGUUCCAUUAGAUCUAUCAAACCAAUCCGUACAAAAGUCCUGCCCCACCAAUCUUGAGGGAGAUGAAUACAAUGCACCAAUCGCAUCUGCAAUCAAUCCGAUCAGGCCAAAUCGGGUUAAAACCUUCCUCCAAUAUCCCCAACCCUGUCGAAGGCCUUCUCUGCAUCCACCGCCAAUCAGAAGGGAAGCUCCCUCCUGCUGGGCCCAAUCCAAUAAAUCCACAACCCGCCUUGUAUUAUAACAAGACUGUCUUCCCAUUAGGAAGCCUAUCUGAUCCAAAUGAGUAACUAAAGGCAAGAUCUUCUUGAGUCUUUCUUAUAAAAUUGAAGCAUAUAUUUUCAUAUCUAUAUGACUAAAGAUAUUUGGCGAUAGUUAGAUGCGUCUGUCUGUACCUUGUCCAGUUUUAGGAUUGGGAUUAUAUUUGCACUUAAUAACUCUUUUGAUGCUGACUCUUUUGCUGCCAGUUCAUUAAAGGUAGCCGUCAUAGGUACAAUAACACUUUUCUGGAAAACAUUAUAGAACAUGUUCGUAUAACCAUCUGGUCCCAGGGCUUUGCUAUUAAUCUAAUUUACUAAUUGCUUGCUGUGCCUCACCUGGGUCAAUCUGCUGGUACAGGAUCUCUAAAUUUUCCAAUGAUAUUGUCUAUAUCUUGGAUUUUUUAUAAUAAUUAUCAAUAUGUAGGGCUAUUGAGUAGUCCUCCAAAUUAUAGAGUUUAUUAUAAAAUAUUUUAAACACAUUGCCUAUUUCUUCUGGCUUUAGUUAUGUCAUGCCAUCUUUUAUUAAUGUAUAAAUUAUCUAAUUUCUUUUUUUACUUAUUAGUUAACAUUUUAUCUUCUCUGUUGUUCCUCUAGUAAAAUCUGGUUUUUAGUCUGCUUAAAUUGGUUUCUAUUCUUUCCAAUAUUUUUGUGUUAAUCUUUUCUCAAUAUAGCUUAAUUUAAUUUUCCCACUCUAUCGAAAAAAUUUCCUUGUUGAGUGUAACAAGAUUAAAAAACAGAAUGUAAAGAUCUGCCAUAUUUAAUCCUUUUUUUUUCUUGACUUGCUAUUUUAAUUCAAUAACUUAUUACUGUUUUAAAAGUACUCCAAAGACAUUCAAAAGAAAUCUCUUCUGAUUUAUUUAUUUAUUUUCAAAAACUGACUUUUUCUGUAACGUGUAUAUUGCAUGGCAACUCCCAUGAUGCUUUAGCAGUAGUUAUACAGCUGCAGGCUGCAUCCACUGUUAUCUUUUCUAUGGAAAGUGUUUAAAGGGGCACUAUUGUGCCAGGAACACAAAGUGUAUGUAGUUUUUAAACCACUGUUUAGAUGAUCGGUCCCACUUACAUCUUGUUAGGUGAUUUGCUCACCUUUUUCCAUCUCCGCACGGUGCUCCUCGUGUUUGACCCCAUCCCUCAUCAGUCUCCUUGGCUGACAUAUUUAGAACUGAUGAUCUCUGCCAAUCACAAUGUUUUCCUAUUGGAAAGCAUUGGAUUGGCUGAAAUCAUCAAUUCUGAUUAUCUCAGAUUAUCUCAGCUAAAUGCCACCCUGACCAAUCUGCAUCUCCUCCUAGAGAUGCAUUGGAUUAAUGCAUCUCUAUGGGAAAAGUUCAGCACACUGUGCAGCACUGACCCAAAAAGCACCUCUAGUGGCCAUCUGAGGAGUGGCCACUAGAGGUGUUCCUGGGCUGUAAUGUAAACACUGCCUUUUCUUUGAAGUGUUAACAUCAAAAUGCCUGUAGGGACUGACUCCACUAAAUAAACUGUAGUUGUUCUGGUGACUAUAGUGCCUUUUUAAUUGUUAGGUGGUAAAGGUCUUAUUUCGAGGAUCUAAAGCUUUCCUAACUCUUGCAUUUGGUCUAGUCCUGUAUAUGUUCGUACAUGUUCAUUGCAGUGCAGUGUCUCAGUGAUAACUGGUUACUACCAACAUAACAUAUUUUUGUUUUUUCUCGCAUUGAUAUGGUGCAAUGUCACAUUUGACAUGCUAUUAUGAAAGCUUUGUAAGAGUUUUUAUGUUUGCUAGCUUUUUGUUUAACCUGUGUCUCUUCAGUGUUUGUUUUUUUUCACCAAAAAAUUGAUGAAUUUUUUUUUUGUUUGUUUCUUAUUCCAGCUGAGCAUGAUGAAGAAUCCAGUGGUUCUGUCUGAGAAGAAGCUUUGUCAUGUUUGCCGAAAUCCUUUCCAGGAACCAGUUUUUGUCAAACACCCAAAUGGCCAUAUUGUUCAUACCCAUUGCGCUACAAACCAGCACAUGAAUAGUACCAUUUCUGACAAUCUGCCCAGUGCUAGCAAACGAACUUGAAUAACGUUCAUGGACCCAAAGUUAUCACGAUUAUCUGACUAUGAUGGAAACUCUCUCCCUCAGCCAGAUAUGUAAGGAAUUUGGUGGCUUUAGAUCAAUGCAACGAGAAAACAUUGCAGUUAUCAGGUGUGAAAACAAGUCCUGAACAGUCUAAAGUAUUGAACAUGACAUUGUGGAGAUCAACCAAACCACCAUGAAUCGCCACACGGAGCAUAUUGGUAAGCGGUCAAGCACUUGUGAUGUCAACACCGUCCCAUGAGCAACAAUAACUAUCUUAAAACAUCAACUUAAUGAAGUCAGGAACUAAGCUUUUCCUUUUUUUCUUUUUUUUAAGAUAUUUGCACUGAAGAUAUUUUGCAUAAAAUGUGAUGGGGAUCCAAAAUCUACCAUAGCUUUUUUGGGGGGAUAAAUGUCUUGUUGCAGGUAUCAUGCAAUCUCUAAAUCAUGAUUCGUCACAUGUUGACAUUUCUCUAAAUAUGAAUUGUGCUCUACCAUUACACUCCCUGAUCAUCAGAACUCGAUCAUAUGUUGCAUUCCUGUUACAAAGGAGGUCCACUCGACCAGUUCAUAGCAAGAGACAAAUAAUAGUGGUGUUGCUCUCCUGAACUUAUAUGUUUUGCUGGUUUUUACAAAAGGAAAAUGAUGCAUACUGUUAUAUAAAAAUUGUAUAAAUUUAUAUGUAUAAUCUAAUUCCAUCUCUAUUCAUGUCAGUGAUAAAAAUCGUUCACAUUAUCAGAUUUUAAGACAUUGUAUCAAAACUUUUCAUCCGCCGACGUUCUAGUCACAGCUAAUUGAUAUAGUGUUUUCGAAUUAAAUCUGAUCUUCAGCCUGUGUAUUCCUUUUUGAUCAGCCAUUUAUCAUUGUUGGUUAUGACAAACAUUUCUAACAAAGGUGAAUGCCUAUAGGAAUGUUUUAGAGGUGUUGAAUAGUACUCUGUUUUGAAUUACCUGAUUAUACAUAAUUUUAUCACUUAAAUGGCAGAUUUUGCCCUAGUCACCUUUUUGCUUAGAUAUCCAUUGGAUCUGUGAUAUGAUAGAUCAAGAUGAAUACCUGUGCAUGUGGCAUUCUCAUAACUGUUAAAUGGUGGGUGGAGAACAUUAAUUUUUGUGUUUGACCUUUUAAAAGAUACAUAUUUCAGUGCUGAUUAAUGCUCCUACAUUUUCAACGAUCUCCCUAAAUUCCCAUACUAGUCAAAUUGUGCAUAUAGGUAAUUUGACUUGUAUUCAUUAUCUUUCCUUAAAUCCUGAAAUCUGAAACUUCUGUUUAAAGUUGAUCUUGAUGAAUGCUUAACAAUCACUAUACCAUAGACUUAAAUGAACACGCCAAGCACCAUAAUCACUAUACCCAGCUUUAUGGUGGAUAUGUUGCUAGGAGGGUAUGAUACUACAGCCCACUGUAGUGGUUAUGGUGACAGAAGUGCCCCGACACCCUUUUUAGUAUGGUUUGACAACUUCCCUGGGUGCCCACACACUCUCCUGCAGGAGAAACCAAAUGUAUCACCCCAGCUAAGCACAUCCUGAUACCAGGCCAUGCUGCACUGAUGCUCACUGAAGCUUAAUGGAUUUUCCUGCAAGGUGGGACCCAGAUAUGCUGUCAAACCCUUGUUAAAUUACUCUGAGGCAGCAACAGGAGACUCCUCGCACCAUAACAGCUUAGUGUUCCUUUAAUGUUUAAGUUAACUCCAUCUACUACCUGCACUUCUGAGAUAUUUACUAUAUAUCUUCGCAGUACUCAGCAAUGCCAAUUUGUUGGUUUUUAAUGGAAAUUUUACAUUGUCUUGUAUUACAUAAAAUCCACAUUGUCCUGUCCUUUAGAGAGCUAUAUCCACAGGUUUGGUUUGUGUUCCUAAACAGAAGUUAAACUAUAUAGGAAUCACAUUUACUUUCCGUCACAUUCAUGAUUUCUCAAAAUUUCUCUAAGCGUUGCUUGCCUACUCUGUUUCCAGGAAAUUUAUUAAGAUGUAAGUACAUAGUCAUGUCUACAAUAAUGCGCUGAAAUGUUAUUACACUCUAAGCAAGGUUAAUUAUUUGCGUGGGAAGGAUGCAAACAGAUUUUGUAUUUAGGAAGUUUUUGUGCCUAGGAUUUUAUUUUGUGUUUUUUGUUUUAAAUAAUAAUUUAAAAAAAAGCAAACUUGAUAUUGCGGAGAAUUGUCAAAGAAAUUGCAAAUGUUAGGCAAAACCAAGUCUUAAAGGACCACUAUAGUGCCAGGAAAACAUACUCGUUUUCCUGGCACUAUAGUGCCCUGAGGGUGCCCCCACCCUCAGGGUCCCCCUCCCGCCCGGCUCUGG